GACCAGCACCCCUUCACGGUCAUCACGUCACCCCCCUCUCUCUCUCACUUGCCCACUACUACUCUACCUUGCUCUCCCACUCCUUCCCCAGACCACAACGAGACUGGUGGGGUAGAGUUACCGAAGGGGGAGGGGGUAAAGCGAGGUUAGAGAUAAGGGAAGAAAAGAAGAGAGAGAGAGAGAGAGAGAGAGAGGGAGGGAGGGAGAGAGCGAGAGAGAGAGACUCACAGUGCAGGGGGAGGUGGAUCCCUGUGUAGUGUAGCAGCUUAAGCUAAAGCUAACUAGCCAUGUUGCUGUCGCUGCUCCUCCCGCUGCUGGUGGUGUGUGUCUGCUAGCGGGCCGCCCUGGACUCCCUAUCCGCCCUGAGGUGCAUCAUGCCCGGCUGGAAGAAAAACAUCCCGGCCUGUCUCCAACCGGACCAGGAAGGAGGUAAGACCGGACUAGACCGACCCGCUCAGGUUUACAGCAACCGGCGAGUGUGUCCCUGUGUGUAUGUGUGUGUGUUAGUGUUUUAGUGUAUACCUGUGUUUGUGUGUGUGUGAGAGAGAGUGUGUAUGCGUGCGCGCGCGUGUACGUGUAAUUAUCGCCGGUGCAAUCUGUGCAGCGUGGCUUGGCGCCGCCGGUUGAGCUCGCGCAGACGGUGGCUGUGUUGAAAUUAGUGAAAGUUGGUAACUGAUACCGUAUGAAUGUGCGCGUGUGAAUGUGUGUGUGUGUGUGUGUGUGUGUGUGUGUGUUGUCUCGUGCUAAUCUGACGCAACGGGUGAGGUUACAGUGACGUUACGGUGAUUUUUUUUUUUACGUUACAGGCUUCUUAGUUGUUUCGUUAAUGUGUUUAUCGGAGAGCGCGAUUAUCGGUUAGCAGGGGGUGCUAACGGCUAACCGGUCUGUUGAACGGUUUGGGUUGGUCAACCGAGGGUCUGCCCUUGCGUGUGCGUAAGUGUGUGUUUAUGUAUGUGUGUAUGUGUAACGACCACCUUCACCGGGCGGUGCUCGGUGAAAUGUGUGACCCUUUAGUUUGAGAGCCAACUGCAGGGUCAGGUUUGUGGGGAAUUUAAAAGCUCUAACGGUUUGUUUAAAUAUUGACAGGUGGGCUGUUAAUGCUCUACGUACAGACCUGUGCGCUGCUGGCACGGAUCCUGCCUGUUAACGGCCGUUAAAAUCGGUGACUGUAACGUUUCCUGGCAGCACAUAGCAGCCCCCCUUGAUGCUGUCACAACACCUCUCCAGUGAUUUAUCACGGUGCUGCUGUACUGUUAAUCUGCUUUGGUAUUCUGUUUGGUGCAACUUUUUGGGGAUGUAUCACUCUAAUAUAACCAUUAGUACUCUCUUGAGCUAUACUAUGGUGGUAUGAAUGUGGUGCUGUAAAUCAUUUUAUAUUUCAAGCUCCUGUGAAGAGUUUUCCCCUUGUAAUAGAAAAAGGCUCAAAUUAAAACUGUCUUUUUAUGAGCUAUAAAUGCAAACAAGACUAUGCACAUGCAAACAGUCAGUUUCUAUAAAUCAAUCUUCAUGUUUGAACCACUGGUUUGGGGGUAGGUAUCACUCAGUACGUUUACAUGACACUCGAGAAAACCGAAUUAUUGCCAUACUCUGAUUAAGACUGGACAACUGAAGUGCAUGUAAACAACUUAGUCCGACUGAUUGGAGUCGGAGAACUUCGAUUAAAGGUCCUUACACACCGGGGCUGACGUGAAUAGAGAACGUGAAAUUUUCUCUACCAUGUGACCGGCACAGUCGGAGUAUGAUCGGACAAUGUGCGUGUGCGUCACGCCCCCGUAACCCCGGAUCAAGAACACCAGAGAAGAGGAGUAGCGUGCAUGUCAUCUGCAGAAAAAGUAGCGCGCACAUCAUGUAUGACAAAAACAUCACUGUACAAUGUUCCAUCUUCUUGCUUGAAAAUGCCCAGCAGCUGUUGUAGCCACUCCUGACGUCUGGCAUGGACCUGCUGUUGCUGUUGACUGUUUGAUGGGGUCGGAAACAGCGCCUCUGAAAAGACCCAUAUCGCCCCCUGGUUUUGUGGAGGAGGACACGUUCACGUCAAGAAUAGUUUUCUCAGCGGCAUCUGUACGCGGACAAGGAGAGAGGUCCGAUUCGGCGAAAAAAUAAUUAUGAGCUUAGUCCGAUUAACCUCUGCAUGUAAACGCAUUGAGCGUCAACAGUUUCCCAUCAGCUAUGUAAAUGUGUUUAAAUAAAGUGAGUAUUUGGCUGAAAACAUAACUCAUGUUUGUACAGGGCAAAAAAUUGUAACUAACCAAUUGCCAACCAGAUGACAGAAUCAACCCAAACUUCAAAUUGCCCAUGGGAGCUUUAAAUAGGCUAUCUUUAAUUUAGCAUAUUUAUUCAUGUGCAUCAUGUACUAAACUUUUUGCACUCAAUUUGUCUGAAAAAUUUCACAACAUGUUCUUAAAAAUUUCAGUUACACCAGUACAUAGAAAGCAGUCUGAUUUUUAAGGUCUUGGAGGUCUUCCGUUUAAAGACUCAAGUUUUGUUCAGCAAUAUACAACUUUGAUGCAGAUGUGUAGCUCUCUCUAGCUUAAUCUAGGUUUUACUCAUCAUAGUGUACCAGUUUUCUGAUAUGAUUGAUAUGAUAAGACAUGAUUAAGACGGAGGACAGUGUAACAACGCUGGUCUGCUUCGCUAUGCAUCCAGCAUGCUUUGUGCAUUGUAGCCUCUGAUUGACUCAUUGAGCGCCAUCUUUAGGAUAAAAUACUGCAAUGCAAUACAAUUCCGCUCUGCAUUUAAUUUUAGUACGCUUGUUGAGCUGUUGCAAAGGAUGCAGCUCACUUUUUAGGCAACAAAUAGAGUGUUUAAAGUGCAUCUUAUAGAAUUUUGUCAUAAAUGAAGACUGGUAAAGAUACUCGGGUAUAAAACAAAAAGUUGUAAAUAAGCAGCACAUUUAUCUGGAUGCACAAAAGUUAUCAUUAGUAUUAAUCUAGCUACAGAAAAAUGCAUGGGUACUCGUGAUACUGUAGGUGUAAUUCAAAGGAAAUAUUGAAGUAAAUUUUUUGUCCUAAAAGGCUUUUUCAUACAUGUAAAAAGCCUGGUAGUAAAUCUUUAACCACUUGAAAGCAGCAAGCUUUAGAUGUUUUUCAGUCCUGAUAAUGCACCAUAAAUUACCAUAAAUUUAUUUAUUUAUUUAUUUUAAAGAUAAUUGGCUUGGUUUUGCGUGUUGUUUGACAAAACAUGCUGUUUUUUCAGAUUAAGUUGGUUAUUUAUGAUUCUGAGGCCUUCUUCUUUAUUCUUAAUUACUGCAACGGCUAAACACUGAUGCUCUAUUUGUUUACACCAGCUAUCAGCCAAUUAAUCAGUCUGUAAGCAGAAUAAAUUAAUCUGUAAUUUUUUUAAAUAAUUGAUCGUUAUUUUAUUAUUUUCUUGUUCCAGCCUCUCUAAUACAAGACAUCAGAAAACCAUAUGAAGCUUUGAAAAGAUUGCGAGGGAGUAAAAUCACUGUUAUGAUUUGUUUUUAUGGGUUAGGUUUAGCAUUAUUAUAAUCGUCAGGAGUUGUUGUGUUUAUGUUUCUACUGAAUAAUUGUGCCACUUUGGUAUUCUUCCCCUUUGACAACAAGGUGGAAAAUCACAGUCAAGUAUAUCUGAUAUGAUAAAGACUUUCCCACACAGAUUUUAUCAUAAAUGUCCCAGAUUUAGACAUUUAUCAAAUCCCAGAUGUUAGAAAUAAGUUCAGACAAUCCACUGAAAAUUGAUAGGCCUAUAAAAAACAAAACAAACAAAACCCCCACUUAUUUAUGAAGUUUAAAUGUCUUUUGUUAGAAAAGUGGUUGAUUUAAGCCAAAAAUGAUGAGAGUUAAGGCAGUUUUUUCAUAGUAAACAGAACAACACACUAAACUAGACUCUAAAAUGCUGUAUUUUUAAUUUUCGCAUAUUCCUCCUAUUCAUGAAAUCUAUUUUUUAACUCGCUGAAUUGUUUUCCUGCGGUUGAAAGGUCUGUUUCAUCAGCCUGGAGCUUCAUGACCUUCCCUUCAAUGGCCCAUAUUUUUUAUGAUCUCAAUCCUGCUUGUAUGCAGUCUCAUGUAGAUGAAAUAUGCUUUUAUUUCAUAGUAUAUUAAAAAUAUGUGUUUAAAAGUAUACAGCACACAAAUAGAUCAUGAAAUAGUAGAUUGUGAAGCCUUGAUUUGAUAUAUUUUGGCAGAUUAACCCAUACAGCAUGUUUUUUAUUUAUUUGUGGAUAAGAUAUUGUAUAAAGAAGACUUAAUUGAUAUAUUAAUUAUUCCUGACAUCCUUUAAAAUGUAAAUCGAUAUGGAAAAAACAACAUAUAAGAGGACAAGAUGCAACUAAAUCUACACAAGACCAAAAACAGACACGUCAUCGCUCACCUAAAGUGUACUCUGAGUCGUAAUUCUCCUUUUACAUGAGGUGUCAGAUUCAACAAACCAUUUUUAGCUCACAUUUGAAAGGUUUGAACACCACAAACUGUUCACAGCAGCCUUCACAGAAAGAGCGGUAUUAUUCGCUUGAAGUGUAAAUAAGAAACCCAACUGCUUCCAGCUUUUUAGACAUAUAUGACGUGUUUCACAUGAUCCCGGUUUAUUUUCUAAGAUCAUUCCCUUAAGCAAAGAUAAAGUCACUUCACUAGGGAUUUUCUCCAAGACUUUGACAGAUGCGUCUUGUUCCUGUAGUUGCAGUUUGGGGAUGUUAAAGCACAGAGACCUAAAAGUUAACCUUUAAUGCCUAAUAUUUCAGCACAGGGGGAUUCUUGCACUUGUGAGGAUAUGUAUAACUGAUUGCAAUGUAUGAUAUCUGACAGUUUCUGACUGCAAUAGCUUAGGCAUAGAGCCUCAAUCAACAGUGUGCUGGGUGGUCAAUUUGAAAGAACUGAGAAUAGUCUUACCAGCUUUUCUUUUUGUUUUCAACAAUUCAGUACAGUAAAAACUAGAAGCUCAAGAAAAUGCUACUUUAGUCUGGAUGGAAGUAACUGAUAUAAAGGAAAAAUUUCAUACAGCCAUUUUGUUACUGAUGCCAAAUAGCCAAGAAUAAUAUGUCUCUCAAAACCGAUGUCCAUUCUAAUCAGAUUCACCACAUCAUGACUUCACAACUCCAGACUACGGCACUGAUGACAUUAACCAAGCAGUGUCUUUUGUACUCUCCAAUUGAUCAGAUAUCGACAUGUUUCAACACACGAUUGUCCUUCAGUGCAUCAGUUAUUGCAGUGAAGGUACACUAUGGUUUUAUUGCCAUGGGCCAUGUAUCCUAUAUUAGAAGGUGGUGUGUUGUAUUUCAUGGGAUUAUAUUGUAUGUGAUUUUAUUAAUAUGUUCCAUGUAUCAUAUUAAUUCAAAUCUAUAGUUUAACAUAUCAUGUAGUGUCGUAUUAUAUUGUAUUGUAUUUUAUUGCAUCUUGCCAUAUUGUAUUGUAUCCUAUUCUAUCAUAAUACAUCAUAGUACAUUGGUUAGUAUCCUAUUUCCAUGACUUUAUGGUUAUCAUUGGCCAUGUAUUGCAUCGUAUAGUAUGGUAUCAUACUAUAAUGCAUCAUAGCAAAGUGACAGUUCCUGUGCCAACCAUGUAUAUUCGCAGCUCUGACUCAAGCUUAUAACCACUUUGUGGUGUAAUGGAGUUAUUAUUCAGGAGUAAUUUAUUUUGCUAUAUUUAAUCAAUCUAAAGUUUGAUUAUUAAUGGUAGAGUUUACUUAACCUCCCAAAAAGAACGAAACAUGUCACGAGUUAGGAGAGUCUGAUAGGUUGUCCAAAUCUUAAAGGGUCAAUCAACAAAUUUGUGUGAAAUUAAAUCAACAUGUUUUUGGCUUUAUUUUUGCCUAAAAGGAUCAAUCAGUUGAGUAAUAAUGGUAAUGAGUUAUUGAUAAAUUUUCUUUUUAAUUGUUAAUUCUCACAUUUUCCGGUUAAAUCCAUGACUUCUUGGAGCAUUUAGUUCUGUCUGAUGUAAGAUUGAAGGAACAGAGGACUUAAGGGAUUUGUGCUGAAGUGAAGUUUAGAGAGAACUUAAAAGUUUCUCUUUUUAGAUAUUUAGCUGACAACUCUCAUAAAAAACUAUCAACUAUCUCUUUGCAGCAGCUAAUUUUGCCCUUUUUCAUAAAUUUAACAACUGAAUUCAUUAAUCAGAUAUAAAAAGAAGUUGGUGAUUAAUUUUCUGGUGAAUUAUUAAUCACCACCCCUUCAGGUUAACGCCAUAACUCACAGCAUCGAUCACACACUAUUUUAUUAAACUCCGCGAAUGUCAAAUGUUUUUCCUUCAGUCCCGUAGGCUGAUAUAUAAAACACAUUACAGAGUUGAUUUAGUGUUUGGUUGUAAACCUGUCCGCAGCGCUCAUGGAGAGAUAAUAAUGUGACCCUCAGGUGUGCAGAGAGCGGCUCUAUUGCGGUCACAGAGCUUCACAGGUAAAUAACAGUAGAUUAAAAUGUUAGAAGAAGAGGGAAGCGUGUAAAACUAGGCAAACGAGGCGGGAAACAUCCAACGAGAACAGGCAAGAGGGUAAAAAUAGAUAAGAGGUAAAUAAUAGAUGGAUGAAACAUAAAAGACACAGUAUAGCGCUGAGUAGUACAUGUGUUUGUGCUGCAAACAUCAUGUACUGAAUCAAGGCUUCUUAAAACAACAGGAACCUUCUGGAGGGGCUGGAGCGGAGCAGAAAGUCAUUACUGGGAUCUUAAUUAGUCCCAUUUAAACUCCAGUUUAGCUGAUUUUAUUAGUGCAGAUUCUGAUUGUUAGUGGGUGCAUUAACAUGUGGGGAAUGGAGAUGAAGCUGCAGACGCUGUGGGCGAGAUAUAACACCGUUCUGACGAUGACUGCAUCAGGAUCACAACCUCAGUCUCUCACCUAUCGAGUCCAGAAGGAAGGAGCACCUGUCCGCCUGUAGGCCACGCCGAAGCCCUGAUCCGUGGAGGGACCUCUGCUGUCUGCUGCUCGACAGGAGCGUCCUUCACAAACAUGACUCACAACUGUGGCCGACAAAACCCACGACUGCAGCCUGUUUCCUGAGGAGGAAGAAGAGAGAUUUUACUUUAGAGUCUGACACUUUUCCCUUUAAAUUGGACGAUUAAUCCGUCAGUCUGAUCUCCACACUCUUAGCUCUGGGAUGUUUUGUGUUUUUGCAGGAAAGAAAAAAAAAAAACAGUUUAUGUGCCGAGGGCAGCUGUGGCUCAGGAGGUAGAGUGGGUCAUCCACUUGUCAGAAGAUUUGCGGUUCCUGUCCAGGUGUCGGAGUGUCCUUGGGCGAGAAAGUGAACCUCAAAAUGGUCUCAAAGGCUGCGCCAUUGAUGUUGGAGAGAGUGUGAAUGUGCAUCAGAUUAGAUCCUGAUGAGCUGGCAGCUUGCAGCAGCUUGUGUGAUCAGUGCAGGGAUGUUGACGGUGUAGCGUGGAGCUUUUUCAUUGGUCAGUAGACUGGAACAAAAGGUAUAUAAUUGAAGUUCUUGUACAAUUGGUGUGCACAGCCGCGCAGCUUUGACAAGAUAAUUGAAGUGGAAAAAAUAGGCUGCUAUUUCAUAAAAAUAGUUAAAUAAUCUCAGCCUUUUUUCAGGUAAAAAUAGUGUUGAAGAUGUUUUUAUGCUGCAGGCAGGAACACUUAAAUCACAGCAUGGCAAGGAUGAAGGGUUUGAUGGAAGGAUAUUUUUAUGAUAGAUUUUAUGAAGACGGUAAAAGCCACACAUCCUUUUGAACAGAGAAAGUAAAUCAGUGUCAGUCAACUUUCACCCUCCAGUGUAUUCGCCUUUUUUCUUUUAACAGGGCUGCAGACCUGAUACACAUCUGAUGCUUUUGGCUAAGAGGAAAAACAGUUUUUCUAACAUCUUUAGCUUAAAAAAUUGAAUAACUACAGUAUAUUGUCCCACCCUUCCUCCUCCUGUGUCUCUUCUAAUCUGUAUAUGACAAUAUUCAUAAAUGGCACAUAAAAAAAGGCCAACUAACCGCUCAUCUGUCACUCAAUAUUCUGUGUGUAUGAUACCAAUGCAAUUAUCAAUACUACUGGAGUUGCAGCUCCCACUAAGAUGAAUUGUUCAAUAGCUGUACAAACUACCAGGCAACCACAGGUCAAGAGAGGAAUGCAGGGAGAGGAGCAGGAGUAGGCGGAUGUGUAUCUGUACGCCUGAAAAGCCAAGGGACAGAGGGAGCACGAUGAGAGUGGCUGUAGAGAUCACAAGCGCUAGUGACCACUGGGCUAACAAGUGAGAGACAUUGUUAAGAAUCAUAAUAAACUACAAGCCCAAGUCUUGACGUUAUAGAGAAUGUUUUAUUAAAGCUAGAAAAGACUAGGGUUUGGUAUCGUUUGAUUUUGAACGAUUCCAGUUUCGAUUCUGGUUCCUAACGAUUCUCUAUUCCGAUUCUUUUAAAAGGCAGGAUAUUUAAAAAUGCAUGGUUUAAAUGAGGAUGCUAAGCAGAGUUCUUCUCUUUGAAUGAAAUUUCUGAACUUCUCCAUGAAUUUUUAACUUAUAUGAACUUUUUAAGAACUUUACUACGAAUUUCUCACAGGGCUUUUUUCAACCAGUAUAUAAAUUUCAAUUUUUGUUGUUAGGUCGUUUGUCUGUGAAAAAGUACAAGGGCUAAUAUUAGUUGGAUAUUUAAGUUGACCCACCGUACACAGUACAAUUUGUUUGCCGCCUCAAUGUUAGCAGAAGACAGAAGUAAUUUAUCGUUUCACUUAACUGAUUCUGGCUGGUUAGUGAAAGACCGGCAACGCGCGUCAAAGGCAGGGCACUCAGGUAUUGCACUGAGAUAAGUGUUCAUUCUUUCUUCUAAAGUUAGCCAAACUUUUGACCGCAGCCGCUGUGGGUUGCAAUGCACUCUCUCUCUCUGUCUCUCUUCUCUCUCUGAGUGGCUUUGUCUCAUACGCUUCAUCCUUGUUGGUGUUCGGUGGCAUCUUCUUCGUUGGUGUUUAACAGGAUCUUCCUUGAUGGUGUUCGGCGGCUAUUUCUUCCGGUUGGUGGACUCCGGCAUCAGAACUUGGAAAUUUUAAAAUUUCACCAGUACCAGAAGAAUUGGAAUGUUAGUCCCAGUUCCCACCAAUGCUGGAGACUCGAUGCCAAACCCUUGAAAAGACUGAAUGAUUAGUUGAUCAAUCACAAUAAUCGUCAGUUCAGCUUAUCUCCAGAGAGCUGGCGGCCUCACAAACGAGUGGAUUUUACUGUAAGUUCUACUUUUGAGCUGAUAUUGUAAACACCACUCCUGCCUGUCAUCCCCUGUGAUUACUUCCUCGACUGCUUGGUAGUCGUUAAUGUUUACUGCUUUUUUAGGUGAUGAGUGACGUCAUCAUUUUGCAAAGCAUGCCAGGCUGAGUGGAGGACAUCGAUGUAGAAACUGAAUGAUGCUGAUGCUGAAAGUAGUUUAAACUGACUCAGAUCAGGGUUUUUCUCACUGCUGAAACAAUCUGAGUAAAAAUAGUCGUACUUCUAAAAGAGGACUGGUCCGGGUGUCAUAAUUAAAAUCAAAAUGAGUAAAAAUCUGCGUUUUGAUGAUGAUGACGCAAAGAAAGAUGAUUCGUUCAGGUUGUUAAGUGUGUGGGUGCGUGCGUCUGAUUGAUCGUGAUUGGUGUGUGCAUGUGUGUGCAGCAUGACAUCAUCUCACACCGUUUUAAGCUUUUCGACUUCAAUGCAGAGAAAAUGGCUAAAACACUCUCACACACACACACACACACACACACGUACACAGUAAGACAGUGACACACAACAUCACCACACUGAGAUGCAGAGACACACAGGAACACACACGCUCGAGGAAACACACACACACCGUCCUUUAAGAGGUGCUGAUGUCAGAACUCUGCUCAUCUUUGUCCUCAGGAUUACUGAAGCAAACCUGACUGUGUGUGUGUGUGUGUGUGUGUGUGUGUGUGUGUGUGUGUGGCAGUGUGUGUGUAUUUCCAGCUUAAUGUAUUAUCCCUAUCGUCUCUGACACAUCCUAACAGAGCCUCUCUCCCUCUCUCUCUCUCUCUCUCUGUUUCUUCCUCUGUUAAACAAACUGCUGACUGUGUGUGUGUGUGUGUGUGUGUGUGUGUGUGUGUCAUUGACUUCUUCCAUUUAAAUGUGUGUGUUUUAAGAGUGAGCACACUUGUUCUUGUAUUUCUGUCCUACAUGUCCAAAAGUGUGCAGAUGCCUGAAUAUUACAUGAAUAUGACAUCAUGUCCAUUUUUGUGCUGCUGUUCUCACAUUUGACUGAAAUAAAAGUGGCAGCACUCCUCAGUGGAAAUACUCCGUUCAAAUGAAUAUGUUGCAUGCAAAAAUACUGAAAAUGAAAGCACCCAUUAUGCAGGUUUAGACAAUGAUUGAACCAGGUUAUGAUAACUUUUAGCUCAGUGAACAUGUCGCUUUAAUCCUUCUGCAGAAAAUGUCAGCUGUAUUAACACAGCACUUAAUCCAAGGUGAGUGCGAGUAUGCAUUCUCAACCUGUGCUAUUGGUUUGUAUAGACAGUGACAAGAAAAUCAACAUACUCCUUAUUUCGGCCUUGGUAAUUAUAAAGCCAAGACCAUAUUAAUUUAGCUUGAGUUAUUUUUAGGCAUGAGCCAGUAUGAGAUUCAUUGUCUUAACCUGAAGCAAAUACUUUGUAUUUUUAGAGAGGAUAAGAACCACAAAAACAAACAAAAAAUAAAAACAAGGUCAAAUUUAUUGAAACUUGAAAUUUUGAGAUUUAUGUAAAAAAUGAAUUUUGAGGUUUCAGUGUAAUUUUUGAGAUUUAAGUUAGACUUCUGAGAUUUGAGUGAAAAAAUGUUAAAAUUAAAGUUAAAAUUCUAAAAAAACAGUAAACGUAAGUACUUUCACUUCUACUACCACUUCAAAUACUAUUACUACUGCUACUUCUAACUCUACUGUUACUACUUCUUCUACCACUAUCUCUACUACUAUGACUUCUACUUCUUAUAUUCUAAAACUACUGUUACUACAAUAUGACUACUAAUAUCACUUUUACUACUACUCAUAUUCAUAUUACUACUUGUACUACUACUUAAACUUCUGUCACUUCUCACUUUCCAGCAUUUUACGGUAAUUUUCUUGCUUCAAAUGUUGUGCAAUUGCAAAAAUAUUUUCAGCCUCUUUCUGCAUGAAUGCGAUUUUAAUUUCUGUAGCAAAUUCAUCCAACUUCUACAACUUCUUUCACAGCUUUAACCGUUUUUACAUUUAUACUUUUUUCAAUUUAUUCUCAGUUUUGCAUUGCCUUUUCAGCUUUCAGCACUUAGCAUUUUCUGCAAGGAAAAUGCAGUUUUUGUAGUUUUUUUUAAUAAUCUCUUUUGUUAUUUUCUGGUAUUGUAUUUGUAUUUCAGCACCAAAACACCAUGACCACUCUCAUGUGUUUAAACCUGAUGGUCAACAAACCUGAACCUGAUUCUGUUUAUUUCACUUUAUCUUGAAGGGCAAGUGCAGCAAGUUACCAACUCUACAAACACUCAGCUAUAGUCCUUGUGCUGGAUGGCUGUACUUAAUGGUUGUGUAUUGUAUCUGUAAACCACAAAAAACAAGAAUAAAUACUUUCUUUUUAGCUCAUGAUUUCAGCCUUUAUGUCACAACUGCUCCUUCAAUCUCAUGAUUUGAUAUUUGAUCCUCUUUAAUUAAGAUGUGGAUGUUUAGUGUGAUUUAAUUUUGUUUUCAACAGAAGAAAAUGGUUUACCUUUUUCAUAAAAGAAGAAGAAUAUUAAGAAAGGAAGAACAGCUGCUGAACUGUCAGUGGCUGAACACUCCUGCUUCAUACUUGUGCAUAAAAAUAGUUUUGCCCUGUAUUUGGAUCAAAGAUAGUCGCACUGUUUGAAGUGGAAGCUGUCUGGUGUGUCUAGUAGAUUAAUAUGUUAUUUCUGUUGCUUAAAAUUCAUUGUUUUAGGGGGGGAAAAAAGUUGUGUCUUAAUUAGUCGAGUUGUGAGUGCAUGUAGAUAUUAAGUUCAGCGAAAGAUCCUCACAGAGGUUUGUUUUGUUUUUCUUGUUUGGCUAAUUAGACAAAAUGCUGAUUUUUGUGUGUUUUUCCUCUCCUGUUGUACUCAUUUCUGUCGACACACGAAGCUACUUCUAUUACGGAGAGAUAAAACCAGAAAUAAUGAGGCAGAUCGUUCAAAAAACAAGAUUAUCUUUAAUCUUUUAACAGGAAACAGAGUCAGGAUCAAAAUCUGUUUUUACCGCCCUUCAUCUGUUACACACACACACACACACACACACACACACACACACACACACACACACACACACACAUACAGCCCUGGGCAGUGUCCAGGUGGACAGCCGAGCUGCUGGCAUUGCACACGCACACUCAUUUUCUACUUGGAUAAGCCCAGCAUGGACACACUUAGAUGAAAAAAACACUUAUUAAUAUACCACACACACAAACAUGAGUGGACACACACACUCUCGGUGAAGUCUCAGUGUGUUUCUGGCAGUCAGUCUGACUCCAAAACCUGCAGAGAGAAGAAGAAGGAGAGAGUAUUUCCGCUCCUUUCUCAGAUCUAUUUUUUCCAUUGUAGUCCUUAAGAAGCUCCAAGAAGUGUGUAUUUGCUGUGUGUGUAUCUGAGUGUGUGUUUGCCGUGUGUGUGUGUGUGUGUGUGUGUGUGUGUGUGUGUUUGUUUGCACUGCCUGCAUCCUAAAGAUAACUGUUUCUCCGUCUGAGGUUGAGUGGAGGGACUGUCGGGAGCUAAAUUGUUCUUUUCCUUGCUUGAGAAAAGUCCGGUUUUAAAUCCUCGUCUUCAGGUUUGGAGUCCAGAAGCAGAGAAACAGGAAGUCAGUCCAUGUAGAUUUCAAAUUAAUAUUCAUGCCGCCGCACUGCACACGAUGUUGAGGACGUCUUGGCUUUAUGCAGACGUCCUCUGAUGUGGUCAAACUUCAGCAGAGACUUUUAUUGUCAAUCACUGCUGGAUUGUGGAGCUUCAAACGCCUCGCUGUUCGUGGUCUUCAGAUUUUAGAUUCGUCAGAGAGUCUUUCCAAAGUUUUUAAACGUUUUUGCCUUUUAGUUGGUACUUUAAAUGUGUUUGAAUGUGAUUUAUAGCUAAAUCUGUCAGGAAAAUCCCCAGUUAACUUCUUUAUAAUCCACUUUAUUCAAGGACAUAGGUUUUCUAUCACUAUUUGGGUGAGUAAAACUUAAAUGUGGAAGUCUUUGAAAAAAGAAAACAGAAAAAAAAUCUUAAUUUUUUAGUUUUGUUAAAUUGCAGAAAAUCACAAAUGCUGUUUUCAUCCACUAACUACCUCACAGCACAGCAGAGUGACGGAUCUGAAGCAGGCAGUUCAGGGAAGCAGGGAGGAGAGUGGUUGAAAACGCUUUUCUGGUCCGAGUUUGAUCAGUCGCUCUUCCUGUCGGCGUGAAGAGCAGUAGCCUACAGUAUAUAGUAUACUUUAGAUAUCUACAGUAUAUAUAUUUUUCAUAACUUAAUAAAAAAAUUAAAAAAUCGGUAAUCUGAUCUCCCCGGCCUAAUAAUCGGCCCCAAAACAUCCAUAUUGGUCGGGCCCUAAUAUGAACAUGAUACAACACCCUGCAUGGUAUGAUACCUGGUUUGAUGUGAUACCUAAUAUGACAAGAUGCUAAAAAUGAAAUGAAAUAAUAUUUCUCAAUGCAACUCUUAAGUGUUGUACUUUAGAGAAUAUAACUGAUGUGGAGUGUUAACUUACAGUGAUUGACAGCUCUUUCUACAGCUGAUGCUGAUUGAUGAUGAUGAUUAGCGAGCAGGUCAAAUAGCCGUCAACUGUUUCACAAUUGAAAAGCUGUCAUCCAAGACGAGAAAGACAUGCAACCAUUUGAGAAGAUGCCAGCACUGCAUGACAGCAGCCGCGCUGAUAAGGCUGCCUGCAGUGUUUGCAGAUAUUAUUAGUAAAUUUUCUGAAAUGUCUUUUGGCAGGCUGAGGCUGAGGCUGAUUAUUUGGAAAUGUCAUGAGUCUGUGCGUUUUAUUGGCUCGACUGAUCCUAUGAGUCGAUACCUAAUUUAACACUUGACAGGAUUACAUGCCUGAUAUGAAACAAUGUGAUACCUGUUCUGAGGUAAUCCCUUAUACUGCCUUUGAUAUUGUUUUAUCAGAAUACAGCUGAUGAAAUGUUUUUUUUUAUUUUUUAUGUUUGCCUCAAGAUUUGAAUCAAAUAUGAAUAAUUUAUGGAAGUAUUAAUGAGUAUAGGUCAGGAUGAAAGUAUAUUGCACCAUUGUUAUUUAGUCCCACCCCCACCCCUGGUUUAAGGCGUCAAAAUGUCGGUCCUCUGAUGGUUAUAUUUAGAGAGUAAAAUAUUCAAUAUCUAAUUAUUGACAUUGUUGAUGCCUGACAUGUAUUUAAAGAAACAUUUGUGCCUCCUUAACAGUCAGCUGUCGCUCAACUGUUUGUUGGUUUUGUCUCGCUGGGUUUGGGUUCAGGUUGAGCCAGGCCUUCAGAGAAUGAAAGUCAGUCAAUACUAUCUCAGUGUGUGUGCCUUAGUGUGUGUGUGUGUGUGUGUGUGUGUGUGUGUGUGUGUGUGUGCGCGUGUGUGCGUGUGUGUCCAUUAGGAAUCAAGGUCAGUCACUCAGCAGUCCAUUAAGACCAUAGAUUCACUCCUCUGUCUCUUUUGUUCACUUUGUUUCUAGGUCUCUCUAUCCUGCAUGUCUCGCUCUCCCUCAGGCUUUAUCAAUCACUGUCUGUCUGCCCACCUGCCCCAGUGAAUUAUGGGUAAUUUCUCGGUGAGACUUGGACCUUCUGAAGGGUCUAAAAUUGGUUGUUUCUCCUCAGAGUUCUUAAUGCGGUGGCUGCAGUUGGUCGGAGCGACCAGCAGGGGGAGUAAGAGGAUAAAACCAGUAUGUGUGUGUGUGUGUGUGUCUGUGCGAGAUUUGUGUGUGUGUGGUGCAUGGAGAAUUAGAUUAAACACACACACACACACACAUACCGAUGAGGCGUCCAAUCGUGUUAGAGCGCUGCAGAGGCUUGAGAGCGAUAUGCAAAUGAGCCUGCACUUGUCAUUUUUAGCACCAACACACUCUCUUUCCUCUCUUUACUUUCUCUCUUUUCCUGCCAGUGUCGGUGACUGUGACUUGCCCGCCUGUCACUCCUGUCAGUGGCGUGCGCUCGUGGGUCGUUCGGAGCCCUUGGGGGGUGUCUGACAGGUGAGGGGAGGCUGAGGCUUCUCCUCCCUCACUGUCCUGAGCUAACACUGGAGCUAAUCUGACUCUGUGGAUGAAUCAUGUGAUAAUCCCUCAGAUUUAUCGUCUCUUUUAAAGUCUAAAUAUUUCUUCUGUUAAUGCCUCAGUGUGGCUGCUGGUUUCCAGUAAUGUGAGGUUUGGUUUCAAAGAGUCCUUGGACCACAAAUCACUCUGGAUUUGCUGAUAAUUCUGCUAAUAGGAUGUGAAGAAAUGUGCUAAUGCAGGCAGAGACACAACAAAGCAGUGAAAGAGGUUUUGAUUUCUCAAGUUUUUGACAAUGCUCUUCUUUUAUCGGCAACUUUUCUGAGUCAAAAAUGAAUCUUCAGGACAGCAUUAUGAUUUCCUUGCUGCAGCACCCACACAUUUGAUCAGAUUUGAUAGUUUCUGGAUUAUUGACAGCAAUUUGAAGAUCAUUUUGAGCCAAUAUCUUUGAUUGGUUAAGUAGUUACAGAGACAGCAAGAGAUUUUAUGACAAAAUACUGACAGGUUUUGCUUUACGGUCCAGCUGACUCUCCCUGUCCUUUCAAGUGCUUGAAUUUAACCCUCACCGGCUUCACACACUCUGCCACCUGUUUUCAAAGUAUUUCUUCUGCUAUUGAGGAAUAAAUCCAUAACUUCAUGUCAUGUAGUCUCCAUGUGAACAGUCUUGCUGUCAGAUUUCAAAAAUUCAAUCUGACAGCUCCUGCUCACUCCAGCCAAACACUGGAAAAAAAGAAACAGAUUUGACAGGAAGUUUCAGUCAGCUUCCAGAGAGAGUUUCUGCUGCGUGAGAAAAGGAGAGUCUCACCUGUUCAAACAGACAGCUGAUAGAGACUGUUUGACUCCACACACACUCACACACACUCACACACACACACUCACUCACGGCUGACAGCGGCAGUAAACUGGUUCAACACUCACACACACUUAGAUCCCUGAGGUGAGGGCAAACGUGUGCAAGAACAGACAGGAAACACACUGACACAGUGAAUCUUUUUGAACCCUGACCUUUGACCUCUGUAGAGUGGCAGAGACGUGAUGAUUGACAGCUGGUCUGCAGGGCGUACAGUGACAGGCUAUGUUUAGUGUAUGUGUGAACUCUAACCCUGUCAUAUCCUGACAGCUCUUGUUUCCCACGAUGCCUUGCUGCUUCGAAAUGCUAGCGUGAAAAAACAAAAAACUUUUUUUUUUAUAGUAGUAAAUGAUUUGAUCAGUUAACAAUAAAAACAAAGUUGUUGCAGUCCUUGGUGCAACAAAAAAUCUACAAAACCCAAUUCCAUUGAAGUUGGGAAAUAGUGAUAAUCGUAAAUAAAAACAAUACAAUGAUUUACAAAUCCUUUUCAACCUAUAUUCAAUUGAAUAAACUACAAAGACAAGAUAUUUAAUGUUCAAACUCAAACUUUAUCUUUUUUUGCAAAUGAUAAUUAACUUUAGAAUUUCAUGGCUGGAACACGUGCCAAAGUAGCUGGGACAGGGGCAUGUUUACCACCGUGUUACAUCACCUUUCCUUUUAACAACACUCAAUAAACGUUUGGGAACUGAAGAGACUAAUUGUUGAAACUUUGAAGGUGGAAUUCUUUCCCAUUCUUGCUUGAUGAACAGCUUCAGUUGUUCAACAGUCCGGGGUCUCCGUUGUCGUAUUUUACGCUUCAUAAUGUGCCACACAUUUUCAAUGGGAGACAGGUCUGGACUGCAGGCAGGCCAGUUGAGUACCCGCACUCUUCUACUACGAAGCCACGCUGUUGUAACGUGCAGAAUGUGGCUUGGCAUUGUCUUGCUGAAAUUAACCGGGGCGUCCAUGAAAAAGACGUUGCUUGGAUGGCAGCAUAUGUUGCUCCAAAACCUGUAUCUUUCAGCAUUAAUGUUGCCUUCACAGAUGUGUAAGUUACCCAUGCCUUGGGCACUAAUGCACCCCCAUACCAUCACAGAUGUUGGCUUUUGAACUUUGCGUCGAUAAAAGUCCGGAUGGUUCUUUUCCCCUUUGGCUCGGAGGACACGACGUCCACUAUUUCCAAAAACAAUUUGAAAUGUGGACUCGUCAGACCACAGAACACUUUUCCACUUCGCAUCAGUCCAUCUUAGAUGAGCUCCGGCCCAGAGAAGCUGGCGGCGUUUCUGGAUGUUGUUGAUAAAUGGCUUUCGCUUUGCAUAGUAGAGUUUUUACUCGCACUUACAGAUCUAGCGACGAACUGUAUUCACUGACAGUGGUUUUCUGAAGUGUUCCUGAGCCCAUGUGGUGAUAUCCUUUACACAUUGAUGUCAGUUUUUUAAACAGUACCACCUGACAGAUCGAAGGUCACGGGCAUUCAAUGUUGGUUUCCGGCCAUGCCGCUUACGGGCAGUGAUUUCUCCAGAUUCUUUUGAUGAUAUUAUGGACCGUAGAUGUUGAAGUCCCUAAAUUCUUUGCAAUUACACUUUGAGAAAAGUUGUUCUUAAACUGUUCGACUAUUUGCUCACGCAGUUGUUCACAAAGUGGUGAAUCUCGCCCCAUCCUUGCUUGUGAAUGACUGAGAAUUUUUGAAGAAGCUGCUUUUAUACCCAAUCAUGACACCCACCUGUUCCCAAUUAGCCUGCUCACCUGUGGGAUGUUCCAAAUAGGUGUUUGAUGAGCAUUCCUCAAAUUUCUCCGUUUUUUUUGCGACCUUUUGCAACUUCUUUGCUGCCUUUAAAUUCUAAAGUUAAUUAUUAUUUGCAAAAAAAAUAAAGUUUAUGAGUUUGAACAUUAAAUAUCUUGUCUUUGUAGUGUAUUCAACUGAAUAUAGGUUGAAAAGAAUUUGCAAAUCAUUGUUUUCUGUUUUUAUUUACGACUAUCACAAUUUCCCAACUUUAACGGAAUUGGGUUUUGUAAAUACUGACACAAAAGGAGUCUGCGUGUCCUCAUAAAGAUGGCAAAUGUGUUUAUGUCUCAGUCAGAAGAGAAUCAACAGCAAAAUCAGGCAAUCACAUGAAUUAUGUUUGAAGUGACAAAGCAGAGCUGCAAGAAUAUGAUAAACAGGGUUAAAAGUUUUGGCAGAGAUUUUAAAAAGGCUGACAGCAAAUCUUUAAUGUUUUAUAGAUUUUAUCUUCUCCGGUGUCAGCAAUAAAUAAUUCAUCAAGAAGAUUUUACAUAUCAUUAGACUGCAAAUUUAGAUUUAUGAAUUAACUAAAGCUGCUGGAGAAACGCCGCACAACAUUUGACUCUCAGAUUUAGUGCCAGUAAAGUGGAAACUGGCUGGAUAAGACACGUAGGUAAAGUGAAUAUGUUUUUAGUUGUCAUGGUGCAUAUUAAAGGAAUUAAAAGGCUAUCAACACGCCUCCACAGACUGUAACUGAACCAGGAUAAAUGCACCGCUUUGAGCCAAACCAAACGGUUAGGUGUGAACUCACCAUAUGCACCAUUUUGAUAUUUAAAAAUCUGGCGAGUUUACUGUUUCUGCUGUUCAAACAGACCCACAGAUUGACCCUGUUUUUAGCUUUACACGUACAGUAACCGGGUUAUUGGUCCUCUUGUGAGCCUGAUUAAAGUGUUCUGAUCACAGUCUGCUCUCUUCAGACUGUCGGUUUUCUCAGGUCCGCCGCCAACUCCAGCUCGUGUGGGAGCUCUUCGGAUGAGCUGCCAGCGGAGCCUCGCUUUGGAAACAUAACUGGAUUAGGAAGAGAAAGAGGGAACGCAGAACAUACAGAGAACAAUGUGGGAAAGAACAGAUUAGCCCACAUAGUAAACAAACAAAAAGUAAUCUGAAACACCGUCCAGGAGAACACGAAACAUCAAAAUAAAACCUUUCUCCGAGCCUCAGAAAACAGCUAUGGUCAAGGGGUUUUUAGGUCUCAUUUGAAGAAAAAAUACCCCUUAUUUCUGAUUAUUUGACUUUCAAUUUCAAGAUGUAAAGUUAUGUUCUCCUCAGAAGCUGAUGCUGUUUAGUCUGCCUCUUCCUGACCUUAAAAUCCACAUUUCAAGAUGAACUUUCGUCCAUCAGGUGAGGUCUUUAUGACACUUGUAGUUCCCUCCUGGGGUCCACUCCUGCACCAUCAUUACUCCAAACUCUGUUAAUUACACUCCGUGACUGGUCUCAGGGUCUUUAGGGGUCUGGAGAUUAUUGCACCACAUGGGGCAGACUCGCAGCUCUCCACGGCCUCAUUAACAGACCACAUGGGCAGAUCCACAUGGGGGCCCAUCUGGAGCCAAAUUAAUGUGCAACACUUUUCCAACCCAACAUGUUGGUCAGCAGGUUACUGGACUGAGAAAGACCCUGCUGAGGGAAUCCUUUCUCACUGUCAGUCAUGUCUUUAGAUUGACUGUCUCUGUGUGUUUUUGAGGAUCGAAAACCCUCCAUCCCCUUUCUCCUGGGCUUGGGUACACACAACCAACUCCAACUUGGAACCAAUUCCCAAUCUCUGAGAUUGGUGGAUUCGAAAGGCAUGCUAGCUUUCGUUCCGCUUUUCAGUUUUUAACAUCAGUUUUUCAGAAUGAAACCGCAGUUCAGGUUUUUGAUUGAUCCUAAAUGUCACGUUGAUUUGUUGGGAUUAGCUGAAGGCAAGGAGAGGAAAACUGGAGGAAAACCACAUCGCCACCACAGGGAAGAAGGCGACAUAAGAGUCUUAAAAUGUUGCUUUCCCACUGAGCAAUAGAUAGUUAUUAGACGUCUAGUUUUUUUAUUUUUUUUUUAAACCUAAUUUCAACCGUCUAGAUUCUGUAUAUUUUUAGAUGAUAUUUAGACGUUGCACUUUAACCCAUUAUUUGAUAACAAUUUAUUUCAAAAAGCAACUGUGAGUGGCAUAACUGAUCUCAAAGUACUUAACCAAAAUAAUUAUGAUAGCUGUUGAGCAAUAUACAGUGUAGUAUAGAUAUAGCCCAAAUUUAGAUUUAGUCUAAACUUGGUCUAAAUUUAGACAUCUAAAAACUUUCAUUUUUAGACCUGUGGUAGCCUGAUUUUAGGCCAGUCGUCUAGGCUACAUUGACCCGGGAUUUCCACCGCAUCUGGAACAACUCCAAUCCGGAACGAUGGCGAUUUUUGCCGUAUGCCAAUUCCUACCGGAUCUGUUUGUGAGGCGAAUUUCUUGGUGGAUUACAGACAGCAGGAAUCGAACUCACAAGAACCCACAGAUUCACGUGCAAUCGCACGAUAAGUUCUCUUUAGCCACAUAGGCUAACCAUAUAAGCAGUGGAUUGUGUCCUUCCAGAGGAGAAAAUCUACCUCUAGAUUUCUAAAAUCAGCAUCCUCUCAUCCAUGGCGUUAUAGGGGUGAAAUGGUGUCUAUAAACCUUUCAUUUGUUUGUUCCUGCCCGUUUGCAUGGUGUGAAAUACGAUCUGCCUGAAACACGGAUAUUUCGUGUCUGUGCCUGACUUCCUUUCCAGCGCAGGUGAAUCUGUGCUGAAUUUAUCUGGCAUGCCCCGGCAUCCGUACAAAAAAAAAACUCUUGCAAUCAGCUGCGGAGUCUGUCGAUCCGCAGCUGAAUGGAGAGAAGUCAGUGGAAAUUGACACAUUAACUUAAAUGGUUACGAUCAGCUACGAUUGGCGGAUACGGCCUUUUUGUAGCCGUUUCGGAUGCGGUGGAAAUUGGGGGUUAGGCGUCUAUUAAACCUCUUUUAGACCAAAAAAUACUCAGUGGGUUUCUAAGUGUUCCAGUGUUAGAAGGACAGGACGAAGACCAGUAAAUAGACGUGCAAAUUUCAUGAAUCCUGUAUUUAUGUUUAUUGAGGGUCCUUUAACCUCUAAUCUGAAAUAAAGGGGGCAUGGAGAGGAUUACUGGAUUCCUUUGUUAAAUGUACUGUUUUAGGACAGAGGCUUGUGUCAGUCGUGUCACUCUAAUCCUGUGCAGUUGCCAUGGUGAUAAAUAGAGACGGUAAUGGUAUGGGCUGAUACCUGGGGUCAUGGGGUAGAGUAAAAAAAUGGAGAAAUCACAUCUGCAGACACAGCAAUCAGCCUUCUCAAUGUUUCAAGCAAAGUCAACAGUCCCCUACGUGAUAACUCGAAAUUAAAUGACAGCAGAUCAAACAGAAAGCUGCGGACAAGUGUUCAGUCUGGAGUCUGUCAUGUCGUGGAGAAUAAUAGUGUUGAAUAAUGGCUCGAUGUAUUUUUCUUUUACUUUCUUUUAAUUCAUACUGACACAUGUCUCUGGCUAAGAACCAUGGAAACCUGAUGUUAAUGUGCAUGGCUUAGGGCUGAAUUUCAACAAACUGUUUGGGCUGUUAUGAGUGUAAUAUCUGGUACUCUAGAGCUCUGAAUUAGUGCUGUAUUCAUAUGCUGAUUUUACAUCAUCGUGUUUGACUCAGAGUCUCAAAACAUUCAAGCCGAACUUUUAACAGAGCAGUCAGUCUCGGUUUAACUUUCACAUCAUAUCAAUAAUUUAUCGGAUCAAGUUACAAGUUUUAAAGCAGGACGACCUUUGGCACACUGAUACAGAGGAGCUCCAAAACAUCGAGGUCAGUAGGCUGCAGCUGUUAUUUCAGUGUACUGGAUACAUAUUUAAUCGAUGCUGCACUUUCUCCAUGGUCUGGAGGUUAUUUAAUAUUUUAAUUUAUCUACACUUAACCUGCGGUUUGAUAGAGGCUUGGUUGUUGAUUUUUAGGGAAGUUUGGUGUUGAUUUGGCUCUUUUUGCUUUUCUCGACUCGCUCUAGUUCAGUCUGAUUUUUCUUCACCCUCUGCUCCCUCUGAAGGUGACCUGGACUCUGUCAGGUGGACCCUGAACACCUGCAGGGAUCAGAUUUCUUGUCUGGUCCGGGGAAGCCUCGGGAAACCUCCGAGCAGCUGAUCCUCAGUCAUGGCUUCUUCCUUAUUUCAGUUUUAGUUUCAGUUUCAACAGAAACAUGUUUCACUUUUGGGUUUCAGUGGUUGCCAUCUUUGUUUUUUUAUCGUUUCAGAGGUAAUUUUAAGCUGUUUUUUUUUUUAAGAAGUUUGGGCUUCUCUUAUCCUCCUCAACACCUCUUACCUUAAUUUUCAUUUUUAUACCCUUGUUACCUUGCUCCCUCUCCUUUGACCUCAGCCUCAUUUUUCUCUUCUUUCCUCCCAUCCUCCAAUUAAUUGCUUUUGACAUCCUCUGUCCUCCUUGCCUCUCCUACUUGAACCAUAAAUUUUCAUUUUUUCUGCUCCCUUCUUGUCUCCUUCCUACUUCCUAGCCAAUACUCCUUUCUUGUACCCUCCUUUUUUUCCUUCAUGCAUCCUCUCCUUUACUCGUAUCCUCAGUUUCAGUGUCCUUGUUUUUCCACACUUUUUCUUUUUCCUCACUUCCUCUAUUUUUCUUGUAUCCUUCAUUUUCUCCUUCUCACUCUUUUCUCUUUGAAUCAGUAUUUUAUUCCAUUCUUUGUUUUGCUUUUCUUAUUGUCCAUAUUUUUCUCCCAGCUUAAUUUCCUUUCCUAAUAUCUCUCUUAUUUCUCCUUGCUCCCUCUUCUCCCCUUAUAUGUUUUCUUGCUGCUUCCUCACCUUCUGUGAAUCCUUAUCUCCUUAUUUAUUCCCCUUGUUUCCUUCUUAUUCCUCCUUGUUUCCUCCCAUCUCCCCAUAUUCCUCUUAUUCCUCCUUGCUUCCUACUCUUCCACACAUACAACGUAUAUUCCUCCUUGCUUCCUUCCCUUCUCUGCAUCCUUCAUUUUUUGUCCUUUCUUCCUCUUUUUUCUCCAUCCUACUUUUGUUCUUGUGCUUACCUUUCCUUUUAUGUUUCCUUUCCUAUCUUUUCCUUAUACCUCUCUGUCUCUCUUGCAAGGAAGUCUGAAAAGUAAUAUUUUUCAUCCUUGUUUUCCAUCUCUUACCAUCCUAUUUUCUCCUUGUUUCCUUUCCUUUUCCUUUUCCCUGUAUCCUUCUAAUUCCUCCUUUUUUCCUCCUAUCUCCACUAUCCCUCUUAUUCCUCCUUGCUUCCUACUCUUCCACACAUACAUCUUAUCCCUUCUUGCUUCCUUCCCUUCUCUGCAUCCUUCUAUUUUUGUCCUUACCUUUCCUUUAUGCUUCCUUUCCUACCUUUCCUUUUAACCCUCCCUUUCUCCCUUGCAUGGCAGACUGAAAAAUAAAAGAAUAUUUUUCAUCCUUGUCUUCCAUCCCUUUUCCCCACUUAUUGCCUUACCACACUCUGUCCUACUUGUUUCCUCCCCUUCCCUCUUAUCCUUCCCUCCUCUCCUUGUUCCCUUCACCCUUCACGGUGUUCAAUUACAGACCACUCUCUGGAAUUCACACACACAGACCCCCCCCCACUGGAAUGAGGUGUAUGUGGUAGAGGAGGAGAGGGGGAGAAGAGGUGGAAGGCAGGAGAGGAAAGAUGGCAAAUAUGGACAGAGGGAGGAAGGAAGGAAAAAGAGGAAACAUUAAAACAAAGGAUGCAACAAAGGAUUUAAGGACCCAGUGGAGGAAACGAUGCUCUGCUGACUCCUCAACACACACACACACACACACACACAAUGGAGUGCUGAGAUGGAGAAGUGGUGUGUUAGAGGGCGAGAGCAGCAUGCUUGUGUGUGCGAGUGUGCGUGUGUGUGUGUGUGUGUGUGUGUGUGUGUGUGUGUGUGUGUGCGUGUAUGUGUGUGUGUGUGAGCAGCGAGCCUUCUGAUUGGCUGAGCCCGGCGAGAUGCACCAACAGCCGAAAGGAGACGGGAGCAGAGGAGGAGAGAGAGGCUGCAGAGAGAGCAGCGAAUACAAAGAGCAUGUGAGUGUGUGAGAGAGUGUGUGUGUGAGAGAGAGUGUGUGACAUCCAGAGGUGUGUGUGUAUGCAGAAGCGGGCGAGCGAGGAGGAAACCUGAUCCCCCUCUCUCUCUCUUUCUCUCUCUCUCUGUGGAAUAACGUUAGCUCUCUCGCUGUUAUUAGCUUUCCUCAGUGCGUUUUUAGCUUAGCUCAGCCCGGCCCAGUUUGGACCCGGUACUGGUUGUGCUUGUGGUGCAGGUGGAGGUGAUGGAGCGGUUCAUGGCCCUGCUGCGCCUCCUGAGCAGGAGGCGGCGAGGGAGGAGGUACCGGGCGGAUGACGAUUACCAGGAAGGCUACGAAGACGUUUACUACUACACCAGCAAGUACAACACACACCUACUGAGUGAGUGAGUCCCAUAAAGAAUCAAUGGAGGAGAGAAAGAGAGAGAGAGGCUUUGUUUUAUUGUCUUGCAGAAUGGGAGAGCGAGGUAGAGAUAAGGCAGAGAGCAAAAGAGAGAGAGGGGAGCUUAUCAACAGAUUAUGAUGUGUGUGUGUGUUUGUGUGUGUGUGUGUAAGGUCUUGUAUUAUUGAUGAAGGUCGUUAGUGAAGAGCCGCUCAGUUACAGCACACACACUCGCAUGCACACUCAGGUAUCCAGGUGACAAAGGGCCAGGUGGUUUGUGGGUAAUAACAAGGCAGGAAGUGCCGACUGUCGAAGGAAUGUAGACGAUGUAAAAAAAACACACACACACACACUGCUCUGUUUGUUGCUGCAGAUUAGAGGGGUCUCAAACUUGGGGUGAGGCCGAUGAAGGUGAGGAAUGUUGAGUACACCUGAAGUUACAGGAAUGUGUCUCAUGUGGAAGCAUAAGAAGAGAGAGCGCUCCAGAGCAAAAAAGAGCUGGCUUGGUUAUCAUCAUGUUUUGCGAAUUUCGAUAACUUUGAAUUCGGGGAGAGUUGGAAUGCAGCACAUGUUCUUCAUUUUUGUAGAAAAAUCAUCACUGUAUUAAUUCACUGAGGUCAAGAGCAUCAUUCAAUGGUCAGGUAGCGUUUAGAGCCACCUCAGCUGACACGCUGCUUUAGACUUGCUUAUCAGGAUGUUUUGCGAAUUUCGAUAACUUUGAAUUCAACUACAUAUACAAGGUUAAGUUAGCCACGCCCCCAAGUUUCCAGUUUAUUUUUUACAAGGUAUAAACAAACAAUAAAAUGACAGUUUCACUCUUGAAAAUUUGGGGUGUCGCUUAAAUCUCAGGCGUUGCUAACCUGACUUUUCUGCUCAUUUGAAAAAGUUGAACUCUGUUUACUUUUACUUUCUGUUUUAAUGUUUAUUUCUGCUAUUUAGGUACUAAAAUCAAGCUACAUCUAACACUACCAAACACAACAUAUUUUGAUAAACCGCACCCCCAAAUUAUCACUAGUAUAACACAUGUAGUGCAAAACACCCUUUGAACAACACCCUUUGUUUGUGUCUUUGCUAAUGAACUGAAAAUCUUGAAACGUGGCUAAUGUAACCUGUGAAGUUGAUAGAAGUAGAUUUACUCGAAAAUUACUAUAAGCAGAACAAAUGAACAAAAAGUGGGUACUUUUGUCUGACAAGAAUGUGUAGAAACCCAUGACUCGUUGCUUAACAAAGAAGGCAAAUUGAAUAAAUAGUAUGCUAAAUUGUACUUUUUCUUGUGCACAGUUUUUCUUGUGCAUUGCACACCUAUUAUUCUUGCAUGUGAUUUUGCAUUUUUUGUGAGUCUGUGCCCGCCAAUUGUUGUUUUUUGUGGUUGAUGUUGUGUUUAGAUAUUGGUGAUGGUGGAAGGUGCAGAGUCACUGGGCUGAGCUGUUCUUGAAUGUCUCAUUUAGUUGCAUUAUGGAACAUACAUACUAAUCACUGCUUUGCACUCUGUCUGAGAAACAUACACAGUUUAUUUCUCUACAUUUGUCUCUGGGUCAGUCACAUAGGGCUGUGGUUUAGAAACAAAGGAAUAACACAGCAUGUGUCAUGAUGGGGGGAUUAUAAAUCAGUAGUCUGUGAUAUUUGUAAGCUCUGAGCACAAUGCCUGAGAUGUAAUGACAAGAUCGAGUGAAAGACUCAUUUACAUGUAAUUAUUGUUGUUUAGGGUUAUAUUUUCUUGUCACAGGCCCAGUGAUGGUAACUUAAUGAAACACAAAUUCACUGCCUAGCUGGGCAUGAUUUCCACUUUACUGGGAUGUGUGCACUGCAGGAGUCCAAAAGUAAACACUCUAUGAUCUAUUAGUUCAGAAGUCUUUGUGUGUGCCCACAACUUUAAUAAGAAAGUAAACAAGUGGAACAAUGCUAUCCCAAAAUUCAUCCUGAAUAAUUGAGCAGCUUUCAGGUUUUGUUAAAGAAUAUAUCGUUCAGUUCUGGUAUCUGACAAGCGCCUUGAAAUUCUUCACUUCCUUGAUCAACGAGUUUUGCACCAUCAGUCCUUUCUUUGUUGAGUUACUUUAGCACAUGAAGGACAGAUGAAAGCACUGCCAUCUUUAAGUGGGAGGCCCAAACAGAACAACCAGAAACACCGUCUCAGUCAUUUAACCAAUUGAUUUAACAGUCAUUUGAACUGUAAAGAUAAUGGAUAUUCAAGCGUUUUGGUAUCUCCUCAAACCUCAAGGAUUUUGUACCUCUGACUUUAUUAUAUCUGUAACAAAAAGAGUAAGGUGAAUUAAUGUAUUUCUUUGAAAAAGGAGGAAUCAUGUUCCUCGAAAUCUUUGAUGUGGAUAAAAUGUAACCAAACCUUAGGGGAAAGGACAGAAAAGCAGUAAAACUCUUUUGUACUCAAAAUGCAUCAAAAUGUGCUGAAUAAGAAUCUGCUAACUCUCUGACAGCUCUCAGUGUCAAAAAUAAAACUUCAUCUUCUUCUGAAGUUUGUGCUCAUUAUUGAAAGUGUCCUCAGGCUACAGGCUCAGUCUAAUUCAUUUUAAUUUAUGAAGCCUAAUUUUUAAUUAACACCAAAAAAUGAUAAUCUCACCGUGACCCAGAUCAGGAUUUUACACUCAUGGUUUGUGAUCUAAACUUUCCUUAAAUAAAAACAUAAUUCCACUAAAAGCGGAGGUUGUGUUGGACUGUGUCUAUGACAGUUUGAUUCAGCUUAUGUUGACAUUCUGCAGAUAAAACCCUAAAAGUCAGUGAUGUUUAAAGGGUUUCAUCUGAUGUCUGCAGACACAGUCAGUCCUGCAGAUGUUAUCACUCUAUUUAAAGAAUUGUUUUUAUUUUCGAUCUUUUUGACUGCAGGGGAAGAUGAGGCACUGUCUAUCUUUUAACUAUUAUCAUGCCUGCAGUGAGAUAUUCAAUAUUUACGGCUUUAAAUAAUCGCACACUCGCGCAGAUUUACUCAGGGAGGGUUGGAAUGCAGCACAUGUCCUUCGUUUUUGUAGAAAAAUCAUCACUGUAUUGAUUCACUGAGGUCAAGAGCAUCAUUCAAUGGUCAGGUAGCGAUAAGAACCACCUCAGCUGGCACGCUGCUUUAGACAGCCUUAUAUGCUGAUGAACUGUUUGUUUAUAACAGCUGAUUGCAGUUUGAAUACAAACUUCUUAGCUCAAGCUCAUACAAAUAUUAGAAUUUGGGACUAAAAAGUGACAGUCCUGUAAUAGAUCCACUUACUUUAGUUGUAUAAUGUGGCCUAGACUCCACCUAAGUGUAAUGCUCUGCUGUGCCUUCUCCUCUGAUCUACUUCACACAGAUGAAAGUGGUAAUAUAGAAAAAUGUUUCUCAAAUGUUUUCUUUCAGCGACUUCAAACCUUUUCAAAACUUAAAAACUUUUUAUAACCCCUGUAUCUUAUUUAGAUUCAGGAGGAUGUUCUUCCGUUUUUAUCCCAACAGUUUAAAGGCAUGGUUGGUGAAGACCAACCAUGACACACCCCCUCUGGCAGAGCAAGAAGCCGGCUGGCAGAUGAUCCUACGCUAGCUUCAAAUAGGAUUCACCAUGUCGGAUUGCUAGUGACUAGCGGCAGUAAACGCCAGCUCUGCUAGUGAGCACCGUCUGCAUCUGUCUGGACAGCUACCGUGUUGACAUUGCAGAGACUAAUAAGAGUUAUUUAUGUAACGUGCCACGAUAAAAGGCAAAAAUUACCUGUUCAACAAAAACUCUGCUGUCUCUGUGUCUGUUUUCAGGCUCACAUCGUGGCGUAGCUUUCUCAACCGCUCGAAGGAUGACCCGAUAUUUAUUCCAGUUAGAUUCCUCGCUUGGUCACAUUUCCUCUUCGUCUCUGCCCUUUCUUCUGUCAUUAUGUUAUUACAGAACAUUAUCGCACUUCUAAAUCUCCUAACCCUAACCCUAAUCCUAACUCUAACCCUAACCCAACAGACAACGUUUCACAGCCAUGAGGAAUAAUUAAUCUGAGCCCAACACUUCUAGCCAAUCAGAGGCGAAAGAGGGCGGGAGCUUCCCCUACCGUCCUACAAAAAAAAAAAUUGCGUCUGGGACGGAUGGCUCCCAUUGGUCAGUGUUUUUGCAGCCCUGCUCCUGCUAUAGUGAACAGAUUUCUUCCAUUCUUUUUUCUCUACUAUGUGGAGAUCGCAUUAUAGGACCAUGAUUGCCAUAUAAACGAGGCUCAUAAUAAUUACUAAUCUCUCCAAUUGUCAACCAUGCCUUUAAGCUCGCUGCAGCCUCUCUCUUGUCGUGCUUAUUCUGUCCCUCUACUUUUCAGUCACAAUCAGAUACACACACCUGCCUCCUCCUGCUCCUCUCCCUGCUCUCCUCUCUCGACCUGUGGCUGCCUGAUAGAUUUCACCGCUGUUGCUCUAUGUGUUGAAGAAACAGCGGUCCAGCAUUAGCAGGAGCCACAGUUUCCUCGCUCUCCUUAACUUUGUUUCACAUUGAUCUUAGCUGCUUAUUGUGAAGUGAAAGUGAGAGCUGUGGGCCAAAAUCGUAAUUGAAAUUUAAUCACCCAGCUCUGGUGUGUUCAGUGCGUGGGCUGACAGACAUUGGACGGGCAUGUGACUCUGAUCCUCACUGCAUCUUCACCUUUGAUGAUUUAGAGCUGAUUAAACAGGGAGACAAAAAUGCCCUCUGAAGUAUCUCCAAACUGGGAUAAGUGGAGGCAAUGCUGUAGAGAUACUAUCGUUAAAAGCGGCAAAAAAAACAUCCAACUUCAAAUAAACUGACGUCACCCCUGCAGCUAGUGUUGGCUGUGUCACUGACGAACAUCAGGAGAAAAACACGAGGAUGAAAUUGAGAAAGAGGCACAGAGGCGUUGAAGUUGUGUAACUUUAGCACAUUUGUUGUUGUAGAUAAGCAAUGAAACAAGAACUGGCUUCAAGUUUGUUGUGAUAGGUAUACUGUUUUACAAAGCCUCUAGUUUUCUUUGACAUCAGGUUUUGACGUUUUAUGGCAUUCGUUUCAGAAAAAGUCCAAUAAUUGAGUUGUGAGCUAUCUUUUCAGGGUAGAUCAAAUGUUUGCAUGCAACAUUUUCAGCCUCCGUUUAACAGGAUUAGAAGUUUAUUACAUGUGAGUCUGUAACCUUGAUUUGAAUCAGGAUUUGGUGGCAUUUUUCCAUACUUGCCAUGUAUUUUGGUGACCCCCCCUCUCUAUUUUCUACAAUCAGAGGACUGAGGAGAGCUUAUAACAGAUGAGAGAAGAGGGAAAGGAUGUCUGCAUAUUCAGAAUCUCAAACCUCUAACAAGUUCAUGUUUCUGCAAUUAACACCUCUUUUCUUAAAGUUCACACUUUUUUUUAUAGCGUAGCACUAAAAUCUAAAACACCCAUGAGCCUUUGUUGCCUCUGCUGUGGAAAAAAAACUGCAGAGGUGAUGCGAAGUACAGCUAGAAAAGUCAAAUACAACAAGCAGAGAUUUUCCAUGUAGCCUUUAGCUUCCCCUGCUGUUAUCUGCUCUGUUGUCAUUCGUCCUCUCAGAUCAGAUGUUACUUUCUGUGGGGGUUGUGGUUAACUCGUCUGCAUGUCUGCUCUUGUACCUCUGGCAUGUUUGUGCUGUUUGUGGUGGUCAGCCUUUUAAACCAACCACUCUGCUCCUCCUCCACUGAAGCUUCAGACCGUCCGGUUUAUCUCACCAGACAUCAGCCGAUUUAUUUCGACUGUUUUCACUGUAAAAAUGACAGGAAUGGAUGCCUCAAUCUGCACCUUCUUUUCACAUGCAUCAUGUAAUUGACCAUAAUAUGCGAAGAAAUAGCAAAUUCAAACUCCUAUAGAUUAGUCACAUCCCAAUUAUCUGCAUACUAUGACCUACGUUUUUUAGUCCUAUUAAGACAUUUAAGUGAUUAAAAUGCUGAACUGUUUUCAUGAUAUUGUCAAAAUACUUAAAUGUCAAUAAACUGAUAACAUGGCUGAUGAUUAUUGUAGUUCUCAGCUAGUGUACUGAUUGUUUUCCAUAUUUUAUUUAUUUUUUUUGGUGUAAAAAUUUUCAGAACUUAUGAAAAUUUUUGAUUCCUAUUUUUCAGUCAAAUGUUUGUGAGUUGUUUCCUCCAAUCGAUAUUCAGCUUAUUGGGAUGAAAUAGGUCUUGAUUUUUAGUAGUUUGUUACAGUUUGAUUUGGUGUUAUACACGCUGAUCUUGCUUGUGUUUGUACAGCAGACUUUAACCCACUCUGGCACAUCAUGCAGGAAGCAACUUUAUAUUUGGUGUGUAAUGUAACUGAGAAGAUCGUUGAGGCUGCUGAUGUGGGCAGCCAUGUUGACAUCAGUCAAAAAUACACUGGAAAAAUGGUGGAAAGACUAGCUUGCUCUUUCAUUGGGUCUGCAGCAGCAUUAUAUUGGAGAUAACGCUCAUUUGUCACGCUGGCUGCUUAUAAGCUGUGUUGACCACUGCCCCUCGGAACAUUUACUGCGCAGGUAUUGCAAAUGGCCGUCGAGCUUGUAGGCUGAGGUAUUGUGAUAGAGUUCAAGAUAGCAGACCCCUUUGCUCGCUCCCUUUUGAAAACAAUGUGGGUAUCCGCUCAGCAUGUUUACUUGUGGAUGCAACUAACGCAGCAUAGCAUAGAGUUAGACUGAAUAGAUUGGCCUCUAUUCAUCGGGCCCAUUGUCACGAUACCCGAUCUAGAAUUUUCCUCAGUAUCAGGACUGAUACUGAUAUCAAACAUCGGAUCGGUGCAUUGGGAUCUGUUUGUAAAUGAAGCACCUGGUUAUUAACUCCUGACAACGUCAAAGCUUUUCCUGAUAAGAACAAACAUGUGCUCAACAAAUUAAAGAGUCAUGAUUCAUACGAGCCUGUUUGCUUAAUGCCUAAAUCAUUGCAGUUUUGGUUUGGAUUGGUACAUUUGGUAUACAACAGAGGGGCACAAAAAAGUUGGUAAUUUGUGUACUUGAACACUUGAACACACAACUAGUGUUUUUUGCUAAUAAUAAGCUAAUUUUUCCCCAAAAACAAAUAAGAUUGAUUGGAUUUUGUUCAUACUAGCCCUUAAAAAGAUGUCACCCUUAUUUAAUCUGACUGAAGAGAAAGUGUUAGAAACUCAAAGUCUAAUUUCAUUCGCUUCUUUUAAUAUUUUCUGCUGAAUUAACUCUCCAGAGUCGAGAUGAAGCUGGAAAAUAUUUGUGUUUUUGCAGCUGAACUCCGGUUCACAGCUCAUUUCUCCAUCUGUCUCCCUGCAUAAAAAAACCUCCAACAUCUAAACUGUUUACUCUGAUUAAAGCGUGUGCGAGCGCUACCAGCUGCAAGCGGGCGAUAAAGGAUUCUCUUUGGUGUCCGGCUGCAGCGUCUCUCGUGUUUCUGAAUGAGUUUACCGAAGCUCGAUUGAGUCGGUGCUCCAAAAAAAAACAGGAAAACGGCAAAUAGUUUAAAUUGAAGUCCUGUGCUGAGAUUUUUCCUCAUUAUGCAUUUAGACCAGCAUGACUCUGUGUGUGUGUGUGUGAGUGUGUGUGAGAGUGUAUGUGGAUGCUAAUAAGUGAGUCUGAACUUUAUGAGUCCUCUGUGCAGGAUGAGUGUGAGUCUCAGAGCCGCUAGGAGACAUUUCCUGCAGCUACCAGUGAGUAGCCAGUGUGUGUGUGUGUGUGUGUGUGUGUGUGUGUGUGUGUGUGUGUGUGUGUGUGUGUGUGUGUGUUAAGCGCAGCGUGUGAUUCUAUAUGAAGGCACUUAACGGUUGGCUGGCCGUGUAACCCGCAGACACACACUCACACACUCCUUGGACCUUGCUCAGUAUGAUUUUACUUGUUUCUUUUUUCACUCAGGCAUUUUAAAGCGAUUUUUUUGCCACUUGCACGUUAAUUUAAGCGUUUUUGUUUCUUAAAAAUCAUGAAAAUCUCCAGCAGGCAGUUUGUCCUCUGAGAACUUUUUGUUCACUUCAUUGAAAUGCUCUUUACACCCUCACGGUAAAUCAAAAAAGCUGCCAUAGACAGAAGGAAACCUGGUGUCUGUGGCUGUUCGUGGGCUGUGAUAGGUCUGAUUUAUCGUUUUAUUUCUAAUAAAUAAAAAAUGUGUUUUGGUGUGUGGAUUUGAAGGAGGUCCAGAGGGAAGGACAGGAGGAAUACUACAUCAUCUCCUGCACCUUUUUUGCAACUUUGCAAUUUCGGCACAACCUUUCUGCAAAUUUAAUCGCUCACCCUGUUUCUUCAAGUUUUUUUUUAACACCUUUGAUAUUCAUGAUAUGAAACCUCUCAGGUCCUGAAUGUUGUAGAAACAGACUGUGUGGUUUACGCUGUCUGUUAUAUCUCUGCUUGUUAGAUUCUGUUUUUGAAGCAGACAGCAGGUCUAACGAGACCCCAGGGUGACAGUUUUUCUUUAAACUACAGUAAUAAUACCACCAAUAUGUAACGUCGUAUUGUAUUUAUUUAUCCUUUUUAAAGCAGCCACACAUUAUAUCUGUAACUCGUAAUGUGUUUUAGCUUCAGUCCUGUCUUUUCUUACAGCCCCAGCUCUACAAAUGUUGUCCCAUUCUUGCCUGAUACAGGAUUUCAACUGUUAACACUUCAGGGUCUCCUUUGUGUCAUGAUGUUCCAAAUGUUUUUAAUGGGUGACGGGUCAGGACUGCAUCAGGCCAGUUAAGUAUCAGGACUCUUCUACUACAGAGCCAUGCUGUUGUAAUCCCUGCAGAACGUGGUUUGUCAUAGUCUCACUGAAAUAUGAAGGUCUUCCCUUCUUUGUCUGGAUGGGAGCAGAUGUUUCUCUGAAACCUGUAAAUAUCGUUCAGCAUGAAUGGAGCCUUCACAGAUGUGGAAAAUACCCAUGCCAUGGACAUUUUUCAACCCCACACCAUCUGGGACGCUGGAUAUGAACUGUGAGCUGAUGACAAGAUUGGUAGUUCUCCCCUCUUCAAAGCAGCGAAUGCGGUGUCCAUGAUUUCUGAAAAAUAUAAGAAUUUGAUUCUACGUCCUCUUAUCUUCACAUUAGAGGAUGUAGCGUCCGGGAUUUCCAAAUUGAUGGUUUUCAUGUGUAUGAUUUAGUCUGCUCUUUACUGGGUCAGUUAAUUUAAGGGGUGGGUAUUGGCAAGGACCUCACGGCAUGAUACAUAUCACGAUACAUGUGUCACGAUUUGAUACGAUUCGAUCCGAUACAAUACGGCUGUAUAUUUGCAAGGACCUCAUGAUACAAGACAUAUCACAAUAUAGUAAUAAUAUAUCAUGGUAUUUAACAUUGUUAACAUUGUUAGACUGAGCCAAUUGUUUGUUAUAAACAACAAAUACCAUUUUAGUUGACUGCACAAGUGCUAAUUAUGCCAAUUUGAAAAAAUCCAUACUUGGUAAAUGUGACGAUACGAUAUAUCACCAGACAAAAUAUCACGAUACGAUGCUGUAUUAAUUUUUUCCUUUCACUCCUAGUUAAUUUAGUGUCAAAAGGAUAUGCAAUCCAUCGUGAUCAGUUUUAUCAACUUUCUGCACAGCACUCAAACUUUUUUGGUCUGUCUCAGAGUUGUAAAUGUUACUUUUCUGCAGAUCAGAGCAGUUAGAGUAAAGUGAGAAAAAUACCAGUGACCUGUGUGCAGAGUUAAGCAUUGGCAGGAAUGCUGCACCUGAGCUCUCAGUCAGCGGUCAGAGGUUUAACGUCCCUAUGCACACCUCCAUCAGGUGAUGUCACCUGUAUCUCUCUAUCUUUCUAACCCAACAGCUGCCUCUCAGUCAGCCUGCUGUCCUCUCUGCUCCCCCGAUGAGCUCAUUACACAUGGAAACAUCAUGCUGCAUAAAUUUACACAUAAAUGAGGUGAAAAAAUGUCGACUGCUUGAGUUCAGAGCGGAGCAGCAGUCAUGUGUUAUGUGAAGCUUGUUGACAUAGAAAAAUUUGCUCAUUAAUGCUUUAAAUAAAGACUUAAUCUGCAUAACUGGUCUUGUGUUCGACAUGAUGGAGAUUAAAGAAGAAAACGAGCAUCUGAAGGAGGGUUGGCGCCUAAUUUUCCAUUUAGUUUGAGGCUUUUAUUAAAUCUUUUGUUCCAAUUUUGCCAAAAUGAAGUAAAAAAAACAAAAAUCUGAAAACAUCUUUAUUUUCAUGUGUUUUUGGCUUAUGAUGAACUAGACAUCACUCCUACCUGUUUUUCAAUAGCCCCCGUGUGUGAAUGUGUCAGACUCGGCUCCACUCCGCUGCCUCUCAAUCCCACGUUUUCUCCACUUUUCCAUUCGCUGGGAUUCGAUUCGUGUCGGUCCGUAGGCGGUGUGCUCAGUUAUCUUCAGAGAGAAAUGAACACACAUAUACAUGCACACAAACACACUACACACACAUAAGCAGAGAGAGAGAGAAAAAGUAGAGCAUGAAUCUGCACAACUUCACCUUAAUUAAUCUGGAGGCGUCAGGGGAUUUGCAGCACUUUCCCCUCAUUAUUUGGAUAUGAUGUUUAAUUAGUACUCUGAAAUUAAAGAACAACUGCUCCCUUUUUUCUGCACUAAUUCCUCCUAAACUAAAAAAAUUAACCCUGAAAAGUGGGAAAAGCGCAGGGCCACAGAGGAGGAUCACUUACUCACACAUAACUGCAUCAUAAAAGUUUAUUUUUACCUCAGGGUCUUCAAACGAUAAAUUUUUCAAAUCACAAUUAGUCAUUAAUCGUAGGAUCUCUACAAUAAAAAUCAUACCGUGUUUGGAAUUUCAUUGACUUAUUUUUUAAAACAGAUUUGAAGUCAGUCUUACAAGUGUGUUCACUUGGGAAUCAAAUCAGUGCAACCAAAUGUCUGUCUAUGGUUUUUACAAGGACCAAGGUUUACACUGAAUACAUUUGGUACAGUCUGUUUAGGUUUCACUUUGUCAUUAUUGCAAAUGAACUUACAGACCUUACAUGACGAUCCUACAUGAUAUCAUCAUUAACGACAUGCUUUGUGUGUCUCUGUAGUUUACAUUGAUUGGUUGUUUGGCUGCAGCGUCUGAUGUCAACAUAUUGAAUAAUGUCGGUCUUGAAUGUUGUAAACAUGAAUGAAAUUGUCUUUUCCACCAUCAUAUUGUUGCUUUUUUACCACCAGCAGCGACAACUUGAAGAGCUGUACAUGAGGCUGGUCUGAGUUUGUCAUAUGAAUGGUAUCAUUAGACGACAGCGUUAUGGUCAUUGGCAGGAAAGGAGAAGAAAGUGUGCAAUCCUGUGAACCACUGCAACAGCGACUGAGGAGAGAAAGUAUGUGUGGUGAAGCUCUUCAUAAGACAAGCUGUUGAUAGUGAGGUAUAACUCUAUCUACAAUAUUAUAAAACUUCCUUUUCUUGGACAAUCUCUAUUCAACAUAAUAACGGACACUUCUACUCCUCGCAUCAUUUCCUGUCAUUGGUACAAAGGUUCGAACCUUUCAAAAUAAUGCUUUUACACGGGGCACGAACCAGUGUUUCAGUUUGGUCUGGACUGAGACCACAUCUUUUGGUCGGACCGAGGUUUAGGGGACGUUUCACAGCUUUUGUUUUGGUUCGGACCAAACAAAAAAGUCUGAAAGUACCAUAUGACAUCGGUGUGUACCCCCCUUCAGAUUUAUUGCUUAAAUAAAUGUUGCACUCCUACACCUGUGUGGCCUGAAUCCAUGGAUAAGGCGGGGAGCUAGAAAGUGCUUAAUGUGUAAAAAUUCAUAGCUUAUAUUUAUUAUUAUGCUGUAAAUGAUUACAAAACAAAGAAUUACAUAAUAUGCUUUAACGAAUAAAUAAAAUUCCCCAAUCCGUUUGAACAUGGUUUGCAGUUAUUUAGGAUGAUUUUGAUUACUCAAAGAUGUCCAAGGAUUCCUGGAUAAUGCAACAGUGCUUGCACCUUUCAAGAUCCUCUGUUUGGUUGCUUUCUGUGGUUCACACAUGUUAUUUAUGUGCAGGUCUGUUAUGGCAAAAAAUCACAAUCUUGAUAAUUUUGAUUGAUAGAAAUUCGACAUCUUCGUCAUACAACUUCAACCUGAAAACAUCUUAAAAACUCGUCAUUCUUUGAAAAACAAUUAGUGGAAGAAGUGGGUAUUCAUGCUACACAGUUGCACAAAGACUGCACAUUGUGGACUUUCUUGACCUAGGUGGAAAUAAAGAGAAAAGAUGACUUAAGUUUUUUUCCCUCUGAAUGAUAAAAUAUUGCACACUAAAACAACUUUAAUCCUGGAAGUUUUUAACACUUUGAAAAAGCAGGGUAAAUUCUGUCCUGAGCGGAGUUUUAUCUGUUAAGUUCUCAGUAUUUUUCUGGUUCACAGGUGGUGAUAAUGAGCCAAGACGAGCAAAAAUGAACCGAAUAAAUCAGGGGAAGGGGUAGACAUGACUGAAAAUUACCAGACCAAAAAUAUAUUCACCUGUGCUUUGGUGCGUUACCAAACUUGUAUUUCAGAGUUUUUUCUUUUUUGAGAGAUUUCAGAUAAAACCCUUGAAUUUGCAGAGAGUUGCACAACUUUGAGAGAGUUCACAUUUCUGAACGUUGAGGCAUGUCGGAGUUUACCCGAGUCCACAAGAAGUUGAGGUGUUCACAGUUUUUGAUGAUAGGGCUGCUGUGUGUGUGUUUGUGUGUGUGUGUGUGUGUGUGUGUGUGUGUGUGUGUGUCCAUCUGUUCCUCACAUGCACACCCAUGCACACACACACACACACACAAACCUGCCAGUCUGACUGCGACUGUUGGCGCUAAUUAAAGGGUUACACAUCCGUCCUCUCCUCUUCGCCUCUCUAGAACAGUGUUAUUAGCACUUUGAGUGUGUGUGUGCGUGUUUGUGUGUGUGUGUGUGUGUCUGCGCUUACAUAAGGAGAUGUCACGGUGACUCAAACCCACGUGUUUAACUUUGGGCAGCGGGUGUUGACGUGCACAUCCCUCUGGUUUGCUUAUUUUAAAAAAUGCUGGUGGCUGUGAUGAUGAUAACCUGUAAUGUGUGUGUGCGUUUGUGUGUGUAUGUGUGUUUGCUUGGCGUGUGAACUCUUCUUUCAUCUCUCAAAAUCGCUCUUUGUACGGCGCGGGGUCGCUCACUUGCCUCAAUUAUUCAUCAGCUUGUUUCCAUGGUAACAGCUGCAGCCGUGCAUGUGUGUGCAUGUGUGUGUGUGUGUUUGUGUUGUGGGGGGGUUGGCUGAUCUGACAGCAGCAGGAUGUGCUCUCUCUGCUUAUUAGAAGGUUUGAUUAUCACAUGCGAUGGUGGGACGACUGUCAGACGUCUGAGGCUGAAACCAGGAAUUAUUUCUGAAAGUACUCCAAAUAUCAGAGUAUUACUUCAACUACUCCCUUUAAAUCAAGAGCCUGCUGUGAAGCCUGAGCAUUAUGGUGAAGAAGUAAAAGUAUUACCUCCAGCAGUGUUUCCAGGAAGGUCAGGGUUAGUUUCUGUAGAUUUAGCAGCAGCUCUGAUGAAAGUUUAAGCAUUUGUUGUAUUGGAAGUUGCUUAAAGUUAGAGUAAGUAAAAGAAUCUCAACAUGCAGCUGCAUCAGUCUGCAAAGCUGCAGAUUGGUCAGAUGUGAUAUGAACCUGGCAAUAGACAGAUUAUGACCCAGUUUACUGAUGUUUUGCAGCUUUUUCUCCAAACUGGGCAAAGCAUUUUUAGUAUGAUGUUGACCUUUUUGCCUUUUACACGAAUUACAUCAGCAGCAGAUGGCUUCAAAGGAGAAACCAACAUGUCUCCACCUCAGAAAUCCAGUCAUAUGAAAUUUAUAUGAGGGGAGUAAAACUUCUCAAAUGUUUGGUCGACUGCCUGCUUUAUAGAAUGAUGACGCACAAAAACAGUCAGGCAAAUCUCCCUCUUCAGUGAGCCUGGCUUGGCGAUAAAACAAUAACAAUAUUUAGAAAAUGAAUUUCCCUCAAUAUCAGUAUGAAACAUGGUCGAUAUCCUUUUCGAUAGUUGGCAUUCUGCCAUGUUUUGGUAGACUAUACGAAUAGCCAAUGAAAAGGGGAGUUGCUACGGGUUGGCUUUGUACUGAACUAAUUGUGGUGAAUUGGAACCAAGUAGCAAACAACUGCGUAGUAGCAGGCAGCAGCUACAUGCAACCAUGGCACUAACAAGUGAAGCCGACAGCACUGUCAGUGAGAAAAAAAGAAAUUGAGUGCUACCCCCGGCAGACAUGCAGAUGAAGGCUCAACAGAUGACGACAUCGUCGACAACACUGGCACGAAAACGUUGGUGGUGUGGAGGUAUUUUGUUUUUUUGAGGUCGGAGUAAUGUGCACUGCAAAUUAUGUUGAGUACAUGUUCUGGCAAAGCCAGGGAAUACCUCAAAUCUUUUUCACCACCUGAAGCAGUGUCACGUGGCAGAGCAGGCGCAAUGCAAAAGGUUACAAACUGCGAGCGGAGCAAGGAGCUCAUGGCGCCUGUGCAGCCGAAACAGCCGACCAUUCAGUUCGCUUUCUCUAGCGCAACACCUUACGGCAAAAUGUCGAAGAGACACAAAGACCCCACAAAUGCAGUAGCUUAUUGUAUUUCAAAAGACAUGUGACCAAUAAUCAGUUAAAUUUCACUUUUUAUAGCGUGAUGUAUAUCGAUAUCGACUGAUAUGAAAAAAAUACAUCGUGAAAAACUUCAAACAUAAUUGAGUAUUAUCAUCAAAACUAAGUCAAAGCUCUUUAUGUGAACAUGUUGCUUUUUUGUAUUUGGCUUGCAGGAGUUAUCGGUGUAAAAAGGUAAUAAAUGAAGGAUUAUAUUUAUCGUGCAUCUCAGGAGCUUCUUGACCUCAAAGGCCACUGUCACUUCACUGAGGGGAGGGGUGAGCAAGGGAGUGCAAACACUCGAGAAUCUGGACGCUAGAUGUUGAUAAAUAUUUGCAUUUCUAAACACUAAAUAUUAAUGUCCACAUUUUUUAUGUAUAUAUUCCUCUCUCAGUUUGCCAAACGUCGCUGGAACAACUUUUCCAGAACCUAAAAUUUGUUCCACAUUGUUCAAAUCAAGCAGAGAGAGAGAGACGCACAAAUGAUAUUUUUGUCCUCUGUCUCUGUUUGGAUCAGGAAACAGAGUCACAACUUUUGCAACAUGAAAGCAGUCUCUUUUUUUUCCUGGAGCUUCAAACUGAAUUUUUAUUCAUCCAGGUGUUUGAAGAGUCUCUGACUGGGUCUAAAAAUACCUGCAAAACCUUCAAGAAGUGAUAAAUGUCUUUGUCAGUGUUUUUAAAGAAACUGCUCACUGACUCAGAUAAUGAUGAUGAUACACGGACAGAGCACACAACACUCUUUCUGUUGGACCAGCUCACAGAUCUGGUCAUAUUAAUGUCUCACAAUUGUUAUUAUUUAUCCUAUAAGUAGAACCAACUCAUGUAGAUCUGUUGUGAAAGUAUGUAAAUGAUCAGUUGUUCUGUUCAGUUAUUACAGUUUCUGGUUCUGGUUUUUCUUUGUUGGGGUUCUCUUUUUCUUGUUCUUGCUCAUUUUGUCUGGUUCUGAUUAUUCUGGGUGAGGCUGGUUCCAGGUUUUGUUUUGGUUCUGUUUUUUAUUGGUUCCCUCUUGCUUUACAUGGUUUUCUUGGCCAAUCUUUGGGGUUAUACCAUUUUGAUGGUUCUGAUUACUGUGUUUUUUAAAACGUUCAGAUUUUCUUGAAUCAGUUUUUUUUCAUCUCAGUUUUGGCGGGUUCUUGUUGUCAAUUGGACCAGAGUCAGAUUUCUGAGAGCCAGUGCUUCAUUAUGGUCUAAAUAUUUUGGAUUUUUUGAUAUUUUAAAUGGUUCUGACUUUUUGGCCCAGUCUAAUUUGCCCUGGUUCCCUCUUGAUUUAGUCUGUUCCUUGCUGAAAUUGUUCUUUGUGGUUUCAGCUAGUUCUUGUUCUUUCUUGCUCUUUUGGUUCACUUUGGUUCUGAUUUCUUUGUUUUUUUGUUGUUUUUACUGGUUCUGCGUUCCCCCUUGCCUGACACACUAUGCAAAACUUUUGAAAAUUCAACCGUGAUACUAAAAAAUAAAUGCUGCAAUAUCGCAGGACGGGAAAACGUCGCUGAUGUGAACACUUGUAUUGACAGGAUACGGGUUCGAAAAAAAUGAUUGACUUCCGAAAUAAUCACAUGAAAAAAAACACUCCCGGCGUGUAAGGACCUUUACCAUACUAUUUUUAAAUACAAUGUCUAGUAGGUGAAUUCAUUCUUUGCGGUUUUAGCUUGUUCUUAUAUUUCUUAUUGUCUGAAUUUGUCUUGUUUCGAUGAUAUGAUCAUUACUGUUUCUCCUUUUUGUGGUUCUGAGUAGUUGAGUUCUACUUUGCCUGGGCUGGUCUUCUCUCUUAGGGCUGAUUUAGGUUUCUCUAGUUCUUACAUCUCCUCAGUUAAUCAUUCAGUCCUCUCUGGUUUUUAUUCUGGUUCAUAUUUCUGGGGUUCUUCAUGUUCUUUUUUCUGAUUAGUCCAGUUAUGCUUUUCCUGGACUGAAUCCAGUUUAGGGAUGUUAGGUAUAGUCUGGUUGUUGUCUGUAGUUGUUUUUGGCAAUGGUUUGGUAGGAAUUUUUGUUUUACAGCAGUAGUAGCAGGAUAUUUGUUCUGACAAGGAAUAAAAAAAAUGAAUUUCAUCAACUCUACUACAUUAUUUACUAGAGCGAAAUCUCAAACCGCCUGUUCUCCCAGUACUUCCACAGACAGGUGAUGUAACAGCAUCUAAAUAUAAAUACAGCAGUGCUGACACACAAAUACAGUAAACCUUCAUGCUUUCUUUCUUGCUGUGCUGUCACAUUGUCUCCAGCAGGGGGCGUGAUGGUCUGAGAGUGCAGCUGAUAAUCCAUGAGACCAGCAGGGGGCAGCAGAGGUCAGAGCAGAUCAGAGGAGCUCACAGUCAAACACUCAGAACCAAACCUCAGUUAUAUAAUACACACUUUAAUAACUCAGUGAGAGCAGAGUGUGUUCAGAAGAGCGGUUGAGAGACACUCAGAGUCAGAGAGAGAGAGAGCUGUGUUUAAUAUGGACACAUCAUACUAACCUGCAUUUUCCUGCAGUUAUGGUAAUAUCACCGUUAAUACCUUUAAUACACACUCUGGCACUAAUCCUCUGUAAUCUGCAGCUGGAACACUGACCCACAUGUCUGACCAUUUCACUACCUGCUGGGACAAGACCCGCCCCUUUGACACUCUCAGCCAACAGUAAUGCAGAAAACAGAAAAGCUGAUUUCCCAUUGGUUCAGGAGAGAAAGCCACAAAAUUACUAGUAAAUAUUUGCAAAGAGGAACUGCAGUUAAAACUAGGUCAGUCAUUACAUCAUUCACCAUGUGAGAAAAACAUGUUAGGCCCCUCAUUAAUUGUACCUCUAUCAUGUAGUUGUAAACUGCAUUGAGCUGAAAUAACCUCUGGAAAUAACCAAGACUUAAAGGGACAUUCCAACUAAAUAUUAUACAGUUUCAGUAAUAAGAUGACUGGUGUGUCUGCUGACAUGUUGAUCUUGAAGGGUGCUGUUGGUCGUGGGAGUAGCAGUCUUGGUUUAUCAAAAUGUGGUGGUUUUCGUUGGACCUGUGGUGGGUUGCAUCAUGGGAAAUGUAGCUUUCAGUGUUUGGACAAGGAUGUACGGAUGUUUUAGUCACUAAAAAUCUUCAAACUUUCUGGAUCUUACUUCCUUCCCUUGUGAAUUCCUGCCCUCCAUCCCCCUUUCCUCUCUUGUUCCCUCUGUCUUCUCUUCCUUUUUCUUGCAUUAAACCUUUUUCCUUGAACAUCCCCUUUUUGUCCUUCUGUAUUUUCAUUUUUCCUUCCUUUUAUUUCUAUCUGUCAUCCUUCACCUACUCCAACCUUGUCCUUCCAUCCUUUCCUUUAUCCCUCACUUCCUUUACUUCCAUCCUUUCAUUUCCCUUCCUUCCCUCUCUUUUCUGUCCUUUUUUUUAGAUUUCUUUCCUUACUUUACCUUUUGUCUGCUCUCUUUUUUUCUACUCACCUUCCUUCUAUUCUUUUCUAUUUCCCUUAUCUUUUUUCCCUUUUUCCAUUUUUUGGCUUCCUUAUUUAAUUUUUUUUCCACCUUUGCCUUGUUUUUCCUUCAAUUUUCCUUUUCCUCCCUUUCCUUUAGUUUACUUCUUUCCUUUUCAUUCCUUUUUCAUCCUUCCCUUCUGUUUACUUCUUUACUUUCCUUUUCCUUCCCUUCAUUCUGUUCACUUCUUUACUUUCCUUCUCUUUCCUUUCUUUUCUUUUACUUUUUCCUUCCUUUUCCUUCUUUUCUUUCCUGUUUCCUUCCCCCUUUCCUUUUCUUUUAUCCAAUUUCCCCUCUCUAUCUUGUAUCUUUCCUUUUACUUCCCCUCCUUUUUCAUAUUCAACCCUUUCUUUUUACAUCCUCCCUUCCUCCUUUACUUUCCCUCCCUUUCUUUCCCUUUCUUCCUUAUCUUUCUUCUCAUCUCUCAUUACCUUUCGUCAUUUUCGUUACUUUGUUCAUCUUUUCUUUCCAUCCUCUGCCUUCUCCUCUCUUCCUUUGCCUCUUCCUCACCUCCUUUCCUUUUCCAUCCCUUCCAUCUUUUUCUUCAAUAAUUCCUUCAGUUCUUUCCUUCAAUUUCCCCCUUUUUCUUCCAUCUUUGGUUCCUUGCUUCCUUUCUUCCCAUCUUUUUCUUUUCCAUCUCCUCUUUUCCCUCCCUGUUUUUUUCCCGCUUCCCCCUUUUCCUUUCUCCAUCCUCGGAUCACCGUGUCCUCCCUUUUUCGCCACCUUUUAUGCCUCCUUUUUAUUCUUUCAUGUCUGCUCACUUCAUUAUCCCUCCUUUCAUGCUUCUCUCCUUCAUCCCUCUAUCCAGCUGCACAGAAUCGUAUUACGUCCCUCUCUCUGCCUCCCUCCAUCAUCCCCCUCCUCCCCAUCCUCCUAUCUGCGCAGACUCUGCCUCCCUCCCCCCUCCUCCCUCCCUCUCUCCUGCCUCAUUUUAUGGUGGAGCUUCACAUCUGCAGCGCUCCCUCUCUCCUCCUCCUCCUCCUCUCGCUCUCUCGUUAGCUGAGCCUCGGGAAGCAUCUCCAUGAUGGUUUCUGUUUGAGGAGGUCGUCUGUCUCUCGCUCCCUCGCUCACAGAAGAGGAAGAGGAGGAGGAAGAAGGGGGGAGAAGGAGGAGGUGUAGUUCGUGGCAGCUGCAUCUGCAUGGCGCUGGGGGGGGAGGCGACGCUCGGCUCGACUACACGAUGAUCGCCGUGUCGUUUAAAUGUCGCUGCCAGAUCCUGCGCAGGGUGAACAAAGGUAGAGAGACAUAGAGGAAGACUGGGAAAGAGAAAGAGAGAGAGAGCGAGAGAGAGGGGCUGCAUGUGUGUGCAUGAUGGAGGGAUAAGCAUUUUGGUGUGUGUCAUACAUGUGUGUGCGGCUGGACAAUCAUCAUUCUGUCUGAACUGCUGACAUUGAAAGGAGAGAGAGAGAGAGGGGUAGUUGUUUAUGACCACAGCAGGCUCAGUGUGUGUGUGUGUGUGUGUGUGUGUGUGUGUGUGUGUGUGUGUGUGUGUGUGUGUGUGUGUGUGUGUGUGUGUGUGUGUGUGCGUGCGUGGCGUUGAAAACGAUCUCCUGAUGGAUUCAUUCAGUCGAUGGCUGCAGGUUGCUGCACGCAAGACCUUCAGCGUGCGAGCAAGAGAGCAAGAGACGGCAUCUUAUUUUCAUGAAUGUAAUAUUCAUGGUGAUGUAUUAACAGAGGAGGGGGAGGAGGAGGAAGGAGGGAGAAAGGAGGACAAAGUGGGAGUGUGUGUGUGUGUGUGCAGAUUCGAGUGAUAAUUCCUUAAAAGUCUGUUUGGAGCUUCAGGUGUUUGUGUUUUCAGUUCAGCCGUGAACGUCACAGAGGAUGAAGUAUUUAUAACGUGUCAUCAUAGUGGAAGUACUACAAUGAGAUGAAAUGAAUGAAAGCUGAAAUCUGGUUUGUUGCCAAGUGGAAGUGCGAGGAAUCUGUCCUGAUUUGUGAGAGCUAGAAGAGAGGGAAAGAUAGAAAGCGAGGUAACAGCUGUACUGUCGUUUUCAAGAACCGUACAACACUGAUUCUGAGAGUUUUAUGAAAAAUAUAUGUCCGUUUUAAAUUCGAUACUAGUUACAUAUUAAAAAAAAAAACAUGUCACAGGUUCAUGUUUCCUGUCAUCAGCUCCUCCAUUACCACCAACACCCUCUAAGUGUUAGUGAACCCAGCAGACCAGUUUCUAGAGUUUUAAAGUGAAAUGUUGUCCCAUUCCUGCCUGAUGUUGGAUUUCAGCUACUCGUGGUUCAGGAUCUCCUUUGUGUCAUGAUGCUCCAAAUGUUUUCAACGAGCUACAAGUCAGAACUCAGGCCAGUUUAGCAGCAGGACUCUCCUACGACCGAGCCGUACUGUUUUAGCACAUUUAGAGUGUGGUUUGUCAUUGUCUCACUGAAAUAUGAAGGUCUUCCUGAGGAAGUAAUGGAGCCUUCACAGAUGUGGAAGCUACCCAUGCCAUGGACACUUAAGAUAUCCAUACGAUCCUGGAUGCUGAAUUUGAACUGUGAGCUGAUAACAAGGCCGGUGGUCCCUCUUCUCUUUAGAGCAGAAGAUAACAGUGUCCAUGAUUUCAAACUUGGAUUUGUCAGACCACAGUACAGUUUUCCACUUCCUCUCUGUCCUUCUUAAAUGGGUUCAGGUCCAGAGAAGUCUCUGGUGUUUCUAGAUCAUGUUUAUAUUUGCUUCCUUAUCAGGGUUGACAAUGAUAAUUCCAUGAUUUGGGAGGAAUCUGUCCUUUAGCGUUGCUCAACUCUUGACCUGUUUGGUUAUCCCUCUGACAACUUAUCUCAACUUGUGGUGGUAUCAAAUUCAAUUUUCUGUAAAAAAGGAAAAAAAGGUUUUUAGUUUUAAGAUGGGGCGGCAGUAGCUCAGGAGGUAGAGUGGGCGUGCAAUAACUGGAGACUAUCCUCAGUCUGUCUGUUGUGUCCUUGGGCAAGACACUCAUCCCACCUCGCUCCCAGUGUGUGUGUCCUCCACUGGUGUAUGAAUCAGAGUGUUGUGUGGUGGUGGUCUGAGAAGCCGUAGGCGCAAACUGGCAGUCUGUAGUUUACCACCACCAAUGUGUGACUGUGUGAGCGAAUGCAUGAUGUAUCCAAUGUAAAGCGCUUUGAGGGUCUCUGAUAAAGCGCUAUAUGAAAUCUGAUGCAUCAUUGUAAAGACUUGAUGUGAACUCAUAAAAAGUGAGAAUCAUUUUUCAAACGUUUGUCCGUUGCUUUUUAUCAAAAGUAUCUGGAAACUGUCACAUAACAUCACAUGAGAUUGGUGUCAAAUUAUUUUAAGUAGCUUUCAGUCUCCCACUGAGCAGCACCGUGUGUGUUUUAGUCAGACAGCUGAUUUUUUUUUUUUAACCGGAGGCUUUUUCUCACCUAAACAUAAACAACAAUUUUUCACUACUACACCGUUCAAACAUUGAAUAAGAGUUAAAAAUGAGCUCAACGCCAUACAGCUACGAAACAAAAAUCCUGCUUUUACAUUCAUGCGAGGGAAAUAAAAGUGAGAUAACAGAAUAUAAAGCUGUAAAAGUAAUUCUUGAAAUACCACUUUUUUGUUGUACUUGGACAUUUUCUCUUCAGACAGGCUGUUUUUUCGGAGUUGGAGUUUCUAGUUCAAUAACAACUCUCGAGUACACCUCUACUAGAGUGCGACCUUGUUGAAACAAUUGUAUCAUGCAGUUCAAUGAUAAGAGAAUAGCUAUUUAUAUAUUAUAUAACACACUACAGCGUGUAUUGUAUGGUAUAUAUAUGUGUGUGUAUAGAGUGUACUGUAGUUGAAGAUGGAAAAAGAGAGAUGCUGCUGUCCUACAUGGAGAAGAGGAGGAGGCUCAGCUUUCAUCUUUAGUUAGCUAUGGUGUGUGUUCGUGUAUGCGUAUGUGUGUCGGUAAAUGUGUAUUAGUGUUUUCAGAGUCUCAUUGUGUUUCCGAGCUCUGCUGCUGGAACCAAACAGCAGAGAACGGCAUAGAUCUAGAGCAGAUUAGAACUGACUCAAACAAAAUAAAAUAAAAACAAACAGCAGACCGAAUCACAACAGCGUCACAUUAAACCGUAAUAAGAUAAAACACUGAAAGCAGCUGACAAAGCCUCUCAGGAUGAUAAAGCAAGCAUUCAACAGCAGCUCCUCCGUUGUUGCCUUUAACCACCGUGACUCACACUGUUAUUUGCAUUAGCAGCUACCUUUAUUAGUUAAUUAAUCCGUCAGAAAAUGAGCGCGCUCCUGAAAACUCGGAGCACCUAAUAUAUUCGUAGAGCACAUGAGAGGAUUUUAAAACCUCAGCUCAUUUUAAAAACAUGGAGGACCACAGGCACAACAACAAAUUUAACUGAUUUUUAUGCUUCAGUGCGUUUGACAGCCUUGGCCAAAAGGCAUUUAGUCUGUUUAUUGUGUUUUGUCCAUCCCUUUCUUUUGAACACAAUAUUUCAGGAACGCCUGGAGGAAAUGUUUUUAGUAUCUGCUCCACUUUCCUCCUCACAUAAAUGUCUAGUUGGAUAAAAUGAUAAAGAAACUUCUUAGCAGAAAGGUCACAGGUCAACUUCACAGAAAAUGUCACGGAAAUACCACCUUCACCACCAGCGUUGCCGCAUCAUUCUUGUGAAUCUGAUAUCUCAGGGACUCCUGGGGGGAGCAUCUCUAAAUUUGGCUCAAAUUUCCACUUCGACUGAAGGGUCAUGUGACAAGAGUUUGGUUGACAAAGGUCAACAUCACAGCGAUUUAUUGUCCUGCACAUGUCACUGAAACACAGGUUGUCCCUAACUGCUGAACCAUUCCUCAGAAUUCAACAUCUAAAGAGCUCCUGGAGGGCAAAACAUCCACUUCAAUUCAAGGAUGAGUUGAUUUGAAUUUGGCAGUCAUAUUCAUAAUACUGUCAGAAAACUUCUGCCUUUCAGGCCCCGCCCCCACCACUAUUGUAAACGUAACAUCUUAUGAACUUCUUGAGGGAGCAUCUUAAAGGGAUAUUCCAGCGUAAAUUAAGGUAGGGUCAAACACACCGUAACACUGAGUUAGACACACGAGAGAUGAAUGUUACCGACCGCUUGGUUCUCUAGUUAUACCAACUUUAGUAACGACUGCAGACAGCAAUACACAGAGCCACGCACUCAACAAAAAAAUCACUCUUUAGCCAGAAAUAAUGUUUAGAACGCCAUCUAACCGGGUUAGGUGCCGUUGAUGCACCUCAAAGAAGAACAUUUAUGAUCAUUACUUUAUCAUUUCCUUCAAGUAAUAAUCACCAUAUUAACCAUUUUGUACUGCAGACGCCGUAAUUCUUCUGUCUUAGUGUCUCCAUCUGAUUGUAUUUCCAUGAAGAAAUGAUCAUAAAUGUUCUUCCUUGAGCUGCGUCACCCCGUUGCAGUCGACAGACUCAUCCGGAGGUCUCUGUAUAAACAAGCAGCUGCUGGAAGAGAGUAGGUGAGUUGUGUUUUGUCACUUUGCUAAAGAAAUCAGGCAAAGCUAAAAAGAUGUUUGGUGGCUAGUGCUAUGGCUGGGACCCUAUAUGUACUGUUGAUGAAGUUAGGUGCUGUUCUGAGCAUUAUUUGUGGCUGUAGAGUGGCGUUUUGUAUUUCGAUAUUGCUAUCUGCAGUCGUUACCAAAGUUUAAAGUUAUAACUAGAGAAGCAAGCGGUCGGCAACAUUCAUCUCUCGACGGGGUGUGUAACUCGGUGUUACGGUGUGUUUGACCCUAACUUAAUUUUACACCGGAACAUCACUUUAACUUGUGGCCGAAAUGUUUCCUUGGUCUUACUGAUUUACUAGUUAGAUUUUGGUCGUCAAAAAUGAAUAUUAUAGAAGCAUAAUGUUACUUUGAAAAAGGUUUUCUAGAUGAUAUUUCUGUUCCAUUGAUUUGAACUCAGUAUCUCAGAAAACCAAUCUUGCAUUUUGGCACAAAAUCCCAUGAAUAAUUCUGUUCAGUGUUGGUGUGUUGUUGGCUGUAAUCUUUCAGUUUUCUCUCACCCUAGAAACUUUCCACUGUGAUGCACUUGAUGUUAACUAUAAUUUUUUGGAGGCGAGCAACCACAUAGUGGUCGUUCUGGUGAAUAUUUUAUUGUAAGGAAUCUCUCAAGACAGUUUAGUCGAGCCUGCACGACCACAAGAUUCGCCUUAAUCACUCUCAAAGCGGUGAAAGCAGGACAUUGUAAUCUCACCAAACUGUCCUGAUCAAUUAUGACAAGUGGAACAAAAAACGAUCAGUGAGGGUAACUGCUGCUGUCAGCUGGUUGUACUUGUGUUUGCUCAGUUUUUUGAUCUGGGAAAAGAGGAAAAGUGGUUCACUCCCUGGUCAUCCAAAUUGAUUCGAUGUCACAGUUCAAGACUCGGCCCCACCUCUCUCCUCUCCCCUGCAUGAUGACAUCACCCCAGGGUCUCCCAGUGGACCACUGAGAUUGGUCCAAAAGCAGAUAGACCACCGUGUUCCCAACAGGGCAUUGGUAGGCGUCCUGAUGAGGUAACCUCUGUCUGGCAGGAGUUUCUUUAUUCAUGAGGACAGGCUGACUUCACAGAGCUCUCAGCAGCAGAUUUCGACAAACCAGAGAGUUUAACUGUGCAGACGAGGUCAGUCAGUCAGUCUUAAGAGGUUUGGAGAAAUGACGUAAUCAGAUCUAAUGGUGCAGCAAUGGUAGCUAACCAGCUGGUGAGACUGUUAAAGAAGGAUUACUGUAGCUGAUUAGGGUUUUUGAAAUGAAAGCAUCUUCACAGUGGGAUGUAUUUUUGUGGUGGAAGCUCCACAGUGUCUGGUGAGGAUGAUGAUGGUGAGUACAGAUGCAAUAUAAUGCAGUUAAUGACUUUCAACAAAGCCAGCAACCUUAAGAGUCGAUGAUGUGUCUGUUUUGGUUUGUCUGUUGACUCAGACGUUCAGUUUGUCACUGAUGUUAGUUCACAAAAGUCCCUAUUUUCAGGACCAGUUACAGGGGCUGGUUGUUGUCCAAGGCUACUGUGUGUAGAGCUUUUCAUUAAGAUAAAACCACUCACUGAGCUCUAAAACCAGACUGAGGAAACAAGAUACUCUGCAAACUGUUUAAAGGAACUUUUGGAAAAUGAAAAAAACAAUUAAAUCUUGAGUUCUGGGCCACCAGUUCUUUCACUUAAGACUCUGGUUGAGUGUAGGGCUGGGUGAUAUGGCGUCAAAUCAAUAUCACGAUAUAUUGAGCAGCUCACCUCGAUAAUGAUAAAUGGACAGUAACUACUCCACAAACUGCUCACCCCCUCCCACAUUACCUUUGUCUACUCCAGCCGCUACAACUUUUGAACCGUCCUCCAUCUCCUCACGUCUUUCCUUCUUUGUUACGAACUGGAUGGGGUGGAGUCACGUCUCGACGUAGGACAGCUUCUUAAAGGGACAUGAGACCAUAGCCUACGUACACACAUCCAAAACCAAAACUGUUAUUUAUGUUUUUGACACCGAAUAUGCUGAUAUUGGCAAAAUGACGUUGGUUAUUGUCGUAAAUUUCUGUGUCUGUAAAUUUUCGGUUUAUCGCCCAGCCCUAGUUGAGCGUCAGUCCCAAUUAGAUGGACUGGAGAGUUUCUGACUUCUUGGAUAUAACUGUUGAGGAUAGGAUCCAGUUCAAGACACUGGUUCUGUUAGUUUAGCAGUCUCUUUGUGUUCCCGAAAUGUUAACAAGCUCUGAGAUUAGAGGAACAACACUGUCUUGAAAUCUGUUUUCCUGCAUUUGAAUGGAUUCACUCAUUUUUCGAAGAUCUAUCCUAUACAAGGACAUGACGACUUGUUUUGGGUCAUAUGACUGACAUCACACCUCCUCGAGCUUCAGGAACUGAUGAAUGCAUGGCUUUACUUGGAGCUGAUUCAGAGUUACCUCAAGGAACCUGUAGCUUUUCAAAAACCACUACCUGAAGUAGCACUACUUCUCUUAGACGAGCGAAGGGUUUUUAAGGACUGCUAUUGAUGACUAUGAAAAGAUGUGGAGCUGUUAAAGGAAGCUUUGAGCAGGUGAAAGUAAUGAGGUUGUGUGUGUUUCUUUGUGUUUCAGAUGAAGGGCCGUACACCAAACACUCAGCCGGGUCCCGACCUCCAGAUGGAGCGCUGGCCAUCAGGAGGCAGAGCAUACCCGGUAAGACACUGUUAUCCCUUUAUUAAAAUCUAGAUGAGUUUGCUCUUCAUUAUCCAUUCUGCCCGUCUCUUUCUUUUAAUUCUUUUCUUCUUUGCUCGGUGUGAUCCCUCCAGCAGUGCUAAUAAGCAGAGAGAUGAAGAUAACCGCUCUGAAAAUAGAACACAAGCCGUUACCUGAUGCUUUCCUUUUGUGUGACCUGCAGAAAGAUGCUUGCAGAUGCAGGUUUAUCUCCUCCCCACCUGGAGCUGGUGGCCUACUUGCAAACUUGUAUCCGGCUGCUGCAAUCAGGAUUUUCUAAUAUUUCAAUCCCAACAUUAUACCAGAGACGUGAGUGGGUUGUCAAAACAAAGACCCAAAGGAAAUGGAGCUGAAAGAGUGAUGGACAACUUUUCUACCAACUAAUAAAUUACAAUACAGAGAAACAGUGGAGUACAAGAAGUUAGGGUUGGUAUUCAGGGCCAGAACGAGGAAAUGUCGGCUUACCAGAACCAGCUAGAGGUAGUUUUGAACCUGCAACACCAGUUGAUGAUUGAAGAAGUGGAUUAUUCUUCUGUUUAAAACCCUUUUUUUUAAGUUUAAUUCAGUCCGCCUUGAUUUAUUUUGAUUAUAUGUCUGUAGGAUUCCUGCUUCACCGCAACAAGUGGUAUAUCAUGCCAUAGAUCAUUGGAAAGCUCAUGUUUUCUACUUUCAUGAACCGUUUAAAUCUUUUGAAUUGAACAUCUGGUUCAGGAAAUACAGUACAGAGAAGCUUCUGUAUGAUCUGGUGACGCUGACACUAAAGCGGCGGAUUCUCGUCUGCGAUUGGAUGGAUUGUCCUGCAGUCAUCCUGGGUGCUACUCUAAUGCCUUGUAGAUGAGUAUAGAGCUUUAGUUCUCGGCCUUCUGUUGGCUUUUAAAAUUUUCAGCUAUCAUAAACUGUGAGGAGUUAUGGUCAUGAGAAUUAGGCAUGGUUGGUAACAAAAGGGUUAAAGGAGGUUUUGAGCUGGUACGAACAGCUGUUGGUGUCUGAGGUCCAAGAAGAAAGAAACCAGGUAGAGUUUAAGAACUGGACAGAGCCUCUGGUGAAGCAUCAAACUGGUUGGAUCAUCUUGUGGGGCUUCAGAUCUGCCUGAGCUGUAGAAACUAUAGAAUUUGAUCUUUGAAUUUACUGGGGGCUCUGAUUGAGUUUCAGGACAUGUUAGACACUUUUCAAGGAGUCAAUAGAGAGAAGUUGUAAAGCAGCUGGAAUAACUGCUCCAACUGUGAACCAACCACACCUGAACCACAUUUUACAUCAUUCUCUUCAUAGUUUUCUUACUACUGUAAAAAGAAAAAAGGUUGUUGGGUUGUUAAACUGUGAUGAGAUGAUCUAAUAUGUUGCAGCUUCAGAACCAGUUUGAAGAAAUUUGGACCCCUUUAACAUGUUAAAAGAGCUCCAGAGUCAGCUGGAGAAAACAGAUUAUGAAAACAAAUAAAAUAGAGCUGAAUAGAACAGAAUAAAGACAGAAGAGGAGAACAGGAAUGAACGAGGGAGUAAAAAUGAGUAAAAUAGAGAAUGAUAGAAUUAAAUGAAAUAGAAGAGAACAGAAUGAGAGUGUAAAAUUGAGUAAAAUAAUAAAGAAUAGAGUAGAACAGAAUAGAAAAGAGAAGUGUAGAAUAGAAUACAGUGUAAUAUGCUGCGUUUGAGUCAGAUGUCUGAGCUGGGAAUGACGUCACACCUGAGUUACCAAGUCGGAAAAAAGCAAAAUCGGAGGCGGAAACAAGAUGGCAACAUCUACGAAAGUUAUUUUAGCGCAAGUUAUUUUAGUUAUUUUAAGUUAUUUUAGCCUCCCCUUUGUAGAUGUUGCCAUCUUUUUUCUGCCUCCAAUUUUACUUUAUUCCGACUUGGUAACUGAAAUGUUGGUAACUCGGGUGUGACGUCAUUCCCAGCUCGGACAUCUGACUUUCAAGGUAACCUCGAACGCAGCAUUAGAAUAAAAUAAAACAAAGGGAGAGAAUAAAAUGGGAGAAUAGAAUUGAGUAAAAUAGAAUAGAGAACAAAUGUGUAUAUAGAUAGAUGAAAAAAACAUGUAUGUUAAAUAUAAAACCAAGUACACGCUUUGACACACUCUUUAACAUGUACACAGGUUCAAAUCAUACAUACUCAGUACUUACGUAGACAUAGACUGAGCAGAUGAAAUAGGACAGAGAUGUUUUUUAAGGGACUGGUUGAGUUUUAGAUCCAGUAAGAGAAGCUGGUACACGUUAAGAGCCCCUUGGUGCUUGUUUGGGAGUAUUUAGAGUCAUUGAUAAAGCUUUAAGACCAGUUUGUUGAACUAUUAAAAGCCUGAGAAGCAGACUGAGUCUCGUUCAGCUUGAAAAGAUGUGUUUUUAUAUUUCUAGUAAGAGCAGAAAUAGGUCAGAUUUAACCUUGAGAGAAGUUUUGUUGUAAUUCAUCUUCUUUCAGUGUAAAGCUAACCGGCGGUUUGUGAAGCAACACUUUGAAAAGUUGUUCCCUGGACACUGCAGGGAACUAAACUGGUUCAUCCAGUAUUUCAUCAGAAUAGGAGAUUGUGGGGUUUUCUUUCCCAGACAGAGUCAGAGUCUGCUUUUUCAGAGAAGUUGAAAAGGACACUGUCGCUUUUUGGAAAGCCUCUUUAGAGGACAAAGAUAAGUCGGAAGACAAUGAUGACUGUCACUGCCAAAGAUCUCAAUCCUGUCUGAAUAAAAGAGGGUGGAGGUCUGCAUGAUUAAUAUUGAAAUACUAUGUUUUAUAAAGUCCUGCUUUCUGUUUUAUCACUAGAGGACACUUCACAUCAGGCUGUACCAGGUCUGCUCUCAGACAGCCACUCCCUCUAUCCAUCUAUCCCUCUCUGUUAAAUAUUUCAGCCUUUUAUAAAAUAUAAAUGGAUGACAGAAUGGACGAGGACUUCACUUCACUGCUUUACCAGUUUAUUAUUUUAUUUCUGUGUGCUGGGAGGAGAGUUCAGGGGGGGGAAAUGUGAAGAGUGAGGACAGAGAAGAGGAAGAAUUUAACCAAGCGAUCAAAUUGUUUCAUGUCGGGGGGAAAAGUGUUGUAAGGCUGUCUCUGUCUGAUUCUCUGCUGCCAUGUAGACGAGUUUCGGGGCUGCACGGUGGUGGAGCUGAUGAAGAAAGAAGGGACGACGCUCGGGCUGACAGUUUCAGGAGGCAUCGACAAAGAUGGGAAGCCUCGGGUUUCAAACCUGCGACAGGGAGGCAUUGCAGCCAGGUAAGACAGCAACUCAGACUGUGCUUUUAAGUUUAGCUGCUGGAUUACCUUUCAGUGCAGCUGGUAGAGACAGCAACGUACAGACAACAGUAAAUGAUACAAAAGAGCCUAAAUAUGAGACUAGACCUCAACUGAAAACUGAUAAUAAGCAGACUAAUAAGUAAACACACAAACUGGAUAAAUCAAGGAGCCCAGCUCAGAAAUGUUUUGACUCUUUAUAUUUCUGUAAAUCCUCAAAUAUGAUUCUUGUAGUUUCUUUUACUGCAGAAGGUACCAGGCCUUUACAUGGGGCAGGCUUGUAUUAGAAACAGGCCUUUGUAUCAAAUCCUCUCCAUCAUAGUAUGAAGCUAGGGCCUGAUUACAAAAUAAAGUGCAGGCAAAGAAAUAUUUUCUAGCCCACAGAGCGAGAAGGGAUUAAUACAAACUGCACUGCAGAGGAACGGUCCUCUUUGUGAGUCGGUGUUGUUUGUAUACAUUUAAAUGAGCCAUUAUGCAAUUGGAGCAACAAAUGAAUGCAUACACCUUUCUCUCUCUGUGCAAACAAGCCGUGCUGCAAAACACACCUGAUUCAUCAACCACAAGCCCCACGCUGUUAAUUAUAGAUUUGAAAUAUUUUUCUUAUAGUUUAUCAGCAGAUGUGCUUGUAACGACAGCUCACCCAUAUGACUGUAUCAAAUGUAUGUCUUUAUUUGAAAAAGACUGAAUACACAUUAGAAUCGAAAUGUUGGGGCGCAAAUAGCUUAGCAGUCUGAGCACACCUUGAGUACGCAGGUGGCACAGGUUUGAUUCUAUCCUGUCAUUUCAUAGUUUUGUCCUUUGUUUUGUGCUCUAUUUACUGUCCUGUCCGCUGUCCAAAAAGGCCCAAAGCCCCAAUAUGGACAAACGGACUUUCACAACAAAAGUAACAGGUACAUUUUGCUACUGGAGAGACUUUUGCAACCAAAAGUUAUGACUCUAGUAUUGUCCAAAAUUAGUUCGUAAAUAUCAAUGUAUCUUGUCAUUUAUUGUUUAAUUAAUUUUUUGAAUGAGCUCCUUUUUCCUGACUCAAGGACAGAAGCUGGUUAUAAACUGUCAAAGCUGUCACAUUUGUCAUAAAAAAAACUCCACAAUAAAACAGUAUAGAGCUCUUAACUGUAAGUGGAUUUACUAUAGCUGUCAGGAUUAGAGCGCACAGCGCAGCUCUGAGCAGCAGAGAGUAGAGAAUCUGACAGUUACUGGUAAUCUCAGUCCCAUUAAAACAAUAAAAUAGAGCAAACUGCAAGAAGAUGGUGACAUAGUUCUCUCCUUAUCUAACAUUGUUGUCAUUGUAAAUAAUUUGUUGCUGUUGGGUGAUCAUUUUGAAUAAAACUCAUGAUUGGACAACUAUUUUUUGUGCAGAAUUUAGACUAAAGAAGAGGGACUAACCGCAGCCUGAUAUCAAAUGGCUAUCACUGGGCUGAAUUUGGACUAAAUCAGACGGACCAAACACAUAGAAAUAAAACCCGGGAUUCAGUGGGGAAAAUGCCUUGGCUUUUAUUCACUUGUAGAGGACUUGAUCCCUGUCAUAUUAGGAAAGAAUAUCAGGCUGAUGUUGUUUGAUGGCUUGUCAGUUGAUCAAAGAAAAAGUAUCUUAUUAAGGAAAUUAGGAUUUGUGUUUGGUGAAAUUUGACAAAUACUCAGAUGAAAUUGCUCCCAUGCAUGUAGAGAAAUUAGGCGUGAUACCCUUUAAGCUUUUUCUGUUAUUGUAUUCUAGAAACCCUCUAACCAAAUGUAGUUUCACUUUCACUUGUCAAAGCUGGCGAUACGGACAGAUGUUAAUCUAACACCAAGCAAAACAAUUUCCUCUGCAAGCUAAUGUAGUCAAGCUCCAGGCGGAGUUAUCCAUCACCAUAAACUUUUUAAUGUUGUACGGAGCAUUAACAUAAAAUACAUGAGCAUUCUGUUAUGUGGAGGAGACAUGAGCUGCAGGCGGGCAGCAGGGGGAGGAGCUGUAGAGGUGAUGACUGUUUGCAUAUUCAUAGACGCAUGAUAACCAACUAAUCAAAUGAAGGCAAUGGUUAACUUGCAUAUACUACAAAUCUGAGAAGUCUGUUCUCUUCGGUCUGCAUUUCAAGUUUCUCUGAAUCAGGCUUUGCACCACUGGCUGCUGAUCAAAAAUUUGAUACAAAUUUUACCUUCUCUUCAAGAAAAUGGUUCCUAUAUCCUGUUGUUUUUUGCAUUUUUACUGCUGCCUCAAGGAGUAGAUCAAUCACCCAAGAGCUUUAGACCCUGUUCUUCUGUUGUUGAAACACAAAGUUCCUCAAAAAGUUCCUUAUGUCUGAGAAAAGUCCCUGCUGUCUGAAGUACCUGAGGUGAAAUUACAGCUGAUGUUUUUGAUUUUUUGUGCAGGAGUGACCAGCUCAACGUGGGCGAUUACAUUCGCGCCGUUAACGGCAUCAACCUUGCCAAGUUCAGACAUGAUGAGAUCAUCAGUCUUUUGAAGAACGUCGGGGAGCGCGUCGUGUUGGAGGUCGAGUACGAGCUACCACCUGUCUGUAAGUACUCCCCGCAGUUCAAAUACAGGUAGUAUCGCUGAUAUAACUAUAGUAUACUGUAGAGUAUUUCAUAUCAGAGUGCCAGAAGCGAUGCUGAUAUGUUUGCGUUUUGAUAUGUUGCAGCAGUACAGGGGUCAGGGGUCAUGUUCAAGAACGUUGAAGUCACGCUUCACAAAGAAGGGAACAGCUUCGGCUUUGUCAUCAGAGGUAAAGAGAGCCAAGUGUGUGUGUGUGUGUCUGUCAAGUGUGUCUGUCAAGUGUGAAUGUGUUAGAAAAUAAAUACCUGACAUGUCUGUGUUUUUCAGGUGGAACCAGUGAGGACAGGAAUAAGUCUCGACCCAUCGUCAUAACAACCAUCAGGCCUGGCGGUCCAGCUGACAGGCAUGUGACCUCUGCCCUUUGACUUUGACUGUUUAUAAAGUUACAUAUAUCAACUUUGUGCCUGUCAACAGAAACACAUCUUUAGUCCAUUCAUCCUUUUCUUUUUGCACGAUUUGCAAAGCUAAUAUGCAAAUGCAGGUGGCCCAUGUCCAAUCUGCUUCUAUGGAGGAUGUGGGCUUUAUGUCCUACAUGUUGUUUAUCUUUUUAGAAGUCUACUCUCUACCCUAAUUAAAACAUUUUUGUCCCUUUGGAGUUCAUGUUGAGACUAAGAACUGCCUUUUUUCACACCGCAGGGAAGGAACUGUGAAGCCAGGUGACCGUUUGCUCAGCAUCGAUGGGAUUCGUCUCCAUGGCAGCACGCUCUCAGAGGCCAUGAGCAUCCUAAAGCAGUGUGGGCAGGAAGCCACGCUGCUGAUUGAGUACGAUGUCUCUGUCAUGGGUCAGUAGACACUCUGACUUCACUCAUAAACCCUGGUGCAAAUCACAUGACCUGGUGAAAUGUAAAACUCAACAGGACCAUGAAUUAAACCCUGUGGAAGCCCAUUUCAAGUCUUGGGUUGUAACAUUAAUGUAAUCUAUUAGUCAUUAAUUUUGUGUGUUUCUAUUUUCAGAUUCUGUUGCAACAGCUGCAGGGCCACUUCUGGUUGAGGUUGCCAAGGCGACAGGCUCCAGUCUGGGCGUGGCUCUGUCCACCUCCAUGUUCUGCAGCAAGCAGGUCAUCAUCAUCGACAAGGUGAAACCAGCCAGUAUAGCAGACAGGUACAUGAGCGCUGACCUUUGACCAUUUGAGGGUAAUAUGUGGGACCAAUUUACAGACCUAGUGUGAAUUUGUUACAUUUAUGCGUUUCUGUGUGUAUUUUCUGUAGGUGUGGCGCCCUUCAUGCAGGUGAUCACAUUCUGUCUGUGGAUGGAAAGUCGAUGGAGUUUUGUUCUUUAGCUGAAGCCACUCAGCUGCUCUCUGCCUCCUGUCAGACCGUCCGCUUAGAGAUACUUCCACAGCAUCAGACCCGACCGGCCCUGAACGCACCACAACAUGGUAUAAAUAUGCAACAGGGCUUGAGCGCAUCAAAACAUGACAUAGUCACACAUAAUCAGCUCCUGCUGACCUUUAAUGCACCAUACUAAAGUAUUAAAAUACAAACACAUUGUAUUGAUUAAACAAUAAGUUGCAUCAACACACAAAGCAGAGCCUGAACAGACCCUUAAUCCACCAAAACAUGGUAUUUACACACAAAUAACAAGUCUAAUUGACCCAGAAUGGACCUCAACAUGGUGUUAUCACAACCACAAGGCCUCUUCCAGAGUAAAGCAUGGCAUGGUAUUCUAGUAACCUACUGUCCCUGAAUGCAACACAAGACAGUAUAUACUUUGAUUUAUGUUUAAUGAAUAUACUGAACAUAUAAAAGAUUACAUAAAUCAGAUGUAAUCUCUUAUUAAGCUGUGAAACCUGCAGCUACCUGACCUUUGACCUUUCCUCCUGUCUUAACCUUAAUACCCUCCUCCUCAAUGUGCGUGUGUGUGCGUGUGUGUGUGCGUGUGUGUGUGUGUGUGUGUGUGUGUGUGUGUGUGUGUGUGUGUGUGUGUGUGUGUGUGUGUGUGCGGACAUCUAUUUGUGUAUGUAAGCCGUCAAGGUGCAGCGUAGUCCCCGCCCCCUCCCCUGGGAAACAGGAGGCUCCGCCCCCAUCCUUCCCCCUUACCACUACAACACGUACCACCCUGACCAGUCAGGUGCCAGAUCGCACAACAGGCAUACGAACAACCCUCGUACGUCCUCCCUCCCUCUCUCUCUCUCUCUCUCUCUCUCUCAUCCUCUCUCUCUCUCUGUCUUUGGGGUUUUUGGUUAAAGAUGGAGGGACGUCAGCUCACGUCUCCCUCUCUCUCUCUCUCUCUCUCUUUCUCUUUCUCCCUCCCUCUCAUUCUCUCUCUCUCUGCAGCUCUCAGUCACUCGUUCUCUCCGGGCUCCAUGUCGGCCUAUAGUCUUUCGUCUCUCAACAUGAGCACUCUGCCAAGAAACAUGUAUCCCACGAGUCCACGGGGCACCUUGAUGAGGAGGAAGGGCAAGAAGAAGGACUUUAAGAGCUCCUGUGAGUUAGAAACAUUUGAGAGUUUGCCUCUUCACUUUUUGACCUGAUAAAGUUUGACUUUUUUUUUUUUUACGUAAUCUCUGUGUACUUACUUUUUACAGUGAAACUCAGACUUUUUUAAAAAAUUUCAAGUUCAUAACACUGUAGCUUCAACGAAGGCUUUUCACAGUGAAACUGAUAUAAAGGUCUAUUAAGAUGAAGUAAGCCAGAGUAAGGCUUCUGUGUAACCUACUUUCACAGUGAAACUAGGACUAGAGAAAAACAGAUAAAUAGGUGCUACUCUGGGCGACGUAAUAAUCCAACAAAAUCUUUGCAGACAUCAGGACGGGUGUCUUUCUGAGUGUUUUGGGGGGGUGUUUCCAUAAGACACAAACUUAAUAUUCCUAAAUAUUUCCGGUUUUACUUUCUCAAAGAAUUAAUAAAUCUGAUUUUUCUUUCAUAAUUUAAAUGAAGCACAUGCCUAUCCAGCUGAAACUUUAUGUUAAUACAUCCAAAUGUUGAUUGAAAAAUCAUUUAUGAGCAUCUGUUUUCAUAUAUUUUAAUCAUUAAUUUGUAGAAAAUACAAAGAAUUAGUGAAAAAGGAAGUCAAACAUGUUACCAUCAGAGUAUAAACUCGUGUCUGUCACUCUCUCCCUCUAGUGUCUCUGGCGUCUAGCACCGUGGGUCUCGCUGGUCAAGUCGUCCACACAGAAACCACAGAGGUCACGUUGCUAGGUGACGGCAUCAUGGGGUUUGGCUUGCAGCUGCAGGGUGGAGUCUUCGCCACAGAAACACUCUCCUCGCCGCCGCUCAUCGCUUAUAUUGACCCUGACAGCCCAGCGGAGAGGUAGAGGAAUCUUUAUAUAACACAUAAUGAUACCACUAUAAAUACUGAUGGUAAUAAAAGUACCAAUAAAUAGGAUAAUAGAACCCUUCAUUUAGUUUAUGCACACAAAACUGCAGCUCCAAGUGCACUUCAGAAUAAUAGAAAUAAGCAGGACAAUAAAUUUAAACAGAAAUUUGAUCCUUGUAUUGGUGUUUGUGUUAUUUUUCUGUGUUUGUGUGUGCAGAUGUGGCAUCCUGCAGAUUGGAGACAGGAUUUUGUCCAUAAAUGGAGUUCCUACUGAAGACUCGACUCUGGAAGAGACCAAUCAGCUGCUGAGAGACUCAUCCAUCACUGCUCAACUCACUCUGGAGAUCGAGUUUGAUGUGGCCGGUAAAAAAAAAAAAAAAAACACACACACUCUUAAACACACAGAAAACAUAAAGACACUGUUUCAAAAGUCUGAAAGUCAUCUGACCAGGUUGAAGCUUUGGAAUUGGAGCAGAUCUUCUCAAAGACUAAAAGGGUUCAGGAAUCGGAUCAGGGUUUCUGUCUUUUACCGUCAUCAGGUUUCCUCUUUUGUAAGACUCGACUCUUCUGAUGUGUCUUAUUUUAUUGACUAACAGCGGACACACAUACACACACAAACACACACAUACACCAGCAGUCUGCCGCCUGUGUGGCUGUGUUUUGACUGUUCGACGUCCAGUCUGUGUAAAAAUCUGUCUCUCUCUAACUUGUCAGACUCUUUGUCACUGUAACACAUACUGCCUGGUAUAAAUAACCUCCUACGUCUCAGCUGAAUAAAACAUGCUGUCAUUAAAGCCUGUCAUUAAAGUGAAUGAGUUUCUGUCAGAGAUCACUGAAGCCACAGGAAACAGCCUCAUAGUAACGAUCACAUACGUCCAAGAGUAUGUGGACACUCUUCUUUAUACCUGUAUUUCUUGGGGGGGGGGGAAGAAGAGAAAAAUCUGCUGUUUUUGUUGUGAUAAUGAUGUAUGGUGAAAAAGGCAAAAUCAAAAAGUAUGGUGGAAAAAAACAGUUCCCCUCAGUUCUGAAAUCCUCAGAGGAGAAACAGCACAUCCUGACUAUUUCUGUGUGUCUGUAUUUGCAGAAUCGGUCAUCCCGAGUUCAGGAACGUUUCACGUGAAGCUCCCAAAGAAGCCGGGAGUGGAGCUUGGAAUCACAAUCAGCUGUGAGUACAGACAUGAAAGAAAACAGAAAUCGCUGAAAUAUUGAUUGGGACAGUUCAACAAUAUCCAAAAAUAAUUUUCUAAAAACCGGAUAACAGAGACCUUUUUUCCAGUAUCCCCCUCAUAAUCUCUCUCUUUUUACUGUGCAUUUAUUUCAUCUCAACCAGUGCAAUAAAUUUUUCUACAAGUGCGAUAUGUUUUUCAGUGCAAUGCUCUAUUUUUCUACGUUUAGAUAUACGUAUAUUCAGUGUAUUUUAUAUUAUAUAAUUUUUUGUGCAAUAUCUUUUUCUCAGUUCAGUGUAUUUUAUGACAAGUCAACUUUUUUUUCUACCUGUGCAAUGUUUUUUUUCUUGAUACUAUGACUUUCCACAGGCACAGUUAUGUUUUUUUAAUGACUGGAUUUUUUAGGUGUGCAAUACUUACCUUCUUCCCCUUUUUUAGAGCAAUGAAUAUUUCUAUGUUCACUGACGGAUGAGUGCAUUUUUUUUAAACCUUGAAAUGCGAUGUGUUUUGCUUUGAGUGCAGUAUACAUUUCUGAGUGCAAACAUUUUUCUAUUUGUGCUUUUUUUUUUUGAGUGCAAUUUCCAUCAAGUGUGAUCCGUCUCUUUUUACCGGUGCAAUAUAAACAACUGUGGUUCAAUACAAAUUUUUACCCAACAACCUGCACUGUUUGACGUAGAAGUAUCAUUUCUUUAUGCAUUGAAGGUGAAGCAUUUUUAGAGCAACUAGUAACAAUGAGUACUUUCUAUUCAAAACACAGUCAUGCAGAAACAUUAUAAACACACAGCUUUGUGUCAGAGCAGGCUCGACAGUGUAAUGAUUCAUGCUGGUUUUUGCGUGUUUUUAGCAGCGUUAGCGGUGUGGCUAAAAAUAGACAACCGUUUAGACUGUUCACUUCAGUCCUUGAGAGUCAUCAGCUGGUAGAAAUCUGUGCUGAAAGUCUCGCCCCCUUCAGGAUAAAUAGUAAAUAAUAGGUUGAUUUUAUGAUAUUUUGUUAUGGGGAACCACCAGUUGCUGCUAUAAUGCACUGAAUUCUUUAAUUUAGGAUCAAAUAGUCCAGAGCAAGUGACACAUCAGGGAGCCAUUGUCUCAAACUAAAGAAAGUAGGUCACCAACUCACUCUGACAAUUAUUUCAUUGAUUAAUACUUAAUUAAUCCUCUUUACUUUCAAAGGCCUUCCAACAUUGAGGUAUAAACUGUUCAAUUGUUUGGUCGAGUCUUUUCCUUUAAAUGACUUUGACUCAGUUUUUAAAGGUGCUUCUUUGAGUUUCUUCAUAUGUGAUCAAAAGCGGGAAUGUUUCCCUGAUGAGACAGAAAUUAUACAUCUUCACAUACAGAGAAACUUCAAACUCAGCACUUGAUAAAUGCCUGUGAUUGGAAUUAAAUUUUAUUUAUAUAUCUUUUAUAUAAAAACUGGAUUUAAAGGAAAGAUAAAGAGUUAGAUUUGAAACCUUAGACAUCUUUGUGCUGUAGUACACAUUUGUCAUUAACCUGCUGUGGUUUAACUACAUUACAGUUUAUCAUAAACUUGUGUUCUGCUGGAGUCAACAAACCAAAUGAUUCACCUUUUUUUGUGUCUUUCUGGUUCUGAGCUCAUGUCUAACCGGUCUUUUCAUCUCUGUGUCUUUAGCUCCAUCCAACAGGAAACCAGGAGAUCCUCUGAUCAUCUCUGACAUCAAGAAAGGCAGCGUCGCACACAGGUAAGACAAACCAGCAGUGUCUAAUGGUCGAGUCAAUAGAAUUUAAGUAACAUAACUAUAAGAUGCAAGGCUUUUAUGCUGCCAAAUUAUUUAUUAUAUUCAGAAAGUAAAAGUUGGAGCCGUUAAAAAGCCGGGUGGUCCCUCUCCUCCAGAGAAUGCAACGUUCAUGAUUUCCAAAAUAAAAAGUCAAAUUUUGAUUCAUCACAAUCUUCUGACACUUAAAAUAGUUUAUCUUAAAACCUGCACAAGGAACCGAUCUGAAACCAGCGUGGCCAGAGGAUGUGGCGUCCUUAAUUCAUAAAACGAAUGUUAAGCUCUGAUUGCUCAGACCACAGGACGGUUUUCUACUUCCCCUCAGUCCAUCUUAAAUGCGCUCAGCCUUGGGAAGUAGCAAGGACUUCUGAAUCAUGUUUAUAUAUGGUCUUCUUUUUACAUAGUACAGUUUUAACCUGCCACAAUGGGUUUUUUGGGAGUGAUUUUGAGCCUGUGCAGCAACUUCCAAUACAGAGUCCAGUCGUUUUUUAAUGCAGUGCUGCCUGAGUUACAGGGCCAUCUUGUGAUCUUCUGACAGGUUUAAAUUUGAUCUCUUUAUUUGUGCUCAAGGUCUAAAGGAUAUAAGUAAAUCAGAGGCAUGAGUAUCUUUAUCACACUGUUAUAGUUGUAUACAAAUGAAUUUUUUAGCCACAGCAGCAGUUUUUUUAAUCCUUAUAUUUCAGUAAAUGUGUUCGAGUAAACAGUAGAGUGUCAGCUGUGUCAAAGCUUAUUCAGCUGGUUGGUUAAUUAGGCUAACAGUGCAGUCUAGUGUACGUAUGUGGCUGUGGGUCCGUAGUUGUUUUGUGGGUCAUGUGUUUCGGAGUGUGAAGCAGAAAAUGUGAUUUCUACAGCAGCAGCAUCUGUUUACCAAGAGUUUUAUUUUACAGUAGAGAAACAUGAAAGUGUCUGUGGCAGAUUAACGGUGUGUAAUAUUUGUGUUUUCAUGUUGUUGUUUUGUUUUUUGUUUUUUCAGGACCGGGACGUUGGAGCUGGGAGACAAGCUACUGGCCAUCGAUAACAUCCGUGUGGAGAACUGCUCCAUGGAGGAGGCCGUGCAGAUCCUGCAGCAGUGUGAGGAGCUCGUCAAACUGAAGAUCCGAAAAGACGAAGACAACUCGGGUACGACAUUGAACACUAGAUACCAUUGAAUGAACAUAAAGCUGGAGGACACGUCUCCAGUGCUGUUGGUGGUGAACAGUGUCAAUUAGUAGAAAGAUGGUUGAUGAGACAACACUAGUUGAAUUAGCUAACUACACAUGCGCAUUUACUCAACUGUCGAUUAAAGGGAUAUUGUGGCCGUAAAAUAAAGUUAGGGUCAAACACACCGUAACACCGAGUUAGACACCCCGUCGAGAGAUGGAUGUUGCCGACCGUUUUCUUCUCUAGUUAUACCAACUUUAGUAACGAGUUGUUCUGCGUCGUGUCUUUUUCACUUGUCUGUCUUUAAAUCAGAGAUCGCUCUGCACAUGCGCAGUGAGGCCUCAGACAGAAGUUAACCUCUUGGAUCUUAGCUGUUAUCAAUAAUCUUGUAUAUCAUGUCAUUCUCACCAGGAUGGAAUUAGUUCUGGGACAUAUUAUAAUGUCUUUUCAAAAACAACAACAACGGUGGAGGUUCAUACGGGAGAGAAACUGAUAAAGCUCAUUUUUUGAGGUGGAACUUUACGGUCACUGCUUAGGCUGUGAUGGUCAAUUUUAUAAAAGUUUUAAUCGUACAUGUGAAACAUACAAAGUGUUUUAAAUCAGAUCUAACGCAGUGCCCCAAGACAACUUGUAACCUAGCAACAGUUACUGCAAGUGAGAAGCGCUCUUAAAAUUAAGGCAAAUCAAAGGAAAAGUUUUUUUUAACUUUUUAACAAAACUUUUCAUUCAGACAUUUUCUUUGUUGUCUUGUUUCAGAGCUUCAAUAUGUCUAAAUAUAAGGGCAUUUUGAGGUAGAAAAUGUCCAUUUUCCCAUCAUGACCUAAAAGUAGCUCCUCAGUGUUCACGUGGUGUUUAAAUGAACCUUUAUUGAUCGUUUUCAGAUGAGCAGGAAGUGUCUGGCAGCAUCAUCUACACGGUGGAGCUGCAGCGGUAUGGAGGCCCGCUGGGAAUCACCAUCUCCGGCACAGAGGAGCCGUUUGAUCCCAUCAUCAUCUCCUCGCUGAGCAAGGGAGGUCUGGCUGAGAGGUAAACUCACAAACACACACACACAGAAACAAACCAUUAAAUUAUUCAGUACCCUUUAGACGCAAUGAACCGUGGCGGUGACAACCAGGCGACCUUUUCUUAACCCUUAAAAAGAGUGAAAGAUUGACUUGAGCUUUAGGUGACUCACCAAAAUCCUGUUAGAGAUACUGUGUGUUUUUGUCAAAACCAUUUUUGCAUUGAUUUGAACUCACUCUGAAUCCUCCUGCAACUAAAUCUUGCACCAAGCGCCUUUAAAGAAACCAUCAAAAAACAAAUUAUCCGCAGUUCUUCUUCAAUUUUAUUGAUGCUUUUUUUACUCGUUUUAGUACAUUUAACCCUUAUAAUUGUUAUAAGUCAUUUGAUUUUCUAUCUUUCCCUAUAAAUUUCAAGGCUUUUGUGUUAAGUAUAUUGUUAGCACUUGUGGUGUUGUAGCUCAUAGCAUGUAAAAAAUCCAAAUGAAGUAGUUAAAUAAAAAUACAAAUAGCCUGAUAUUAAGUGUCUGCAGACAAGGUAAGAGGAUGACAUGGAAAGUGUCGCCAUCUGCUGGUAAUAAUUGAGUUUUUAAGUUGACAGCUUGUUACCUUGUUUGACUUUAUACGGAAGAUGAUGAUUUAAUUCUUGAAAUAUAACUUGAUUUUCUUCCUUGAAUCUUGAAAGACGGCUAAUCUGCUGUCUUUCAUAAACAGAGAGUUCAAAGAGCAAAUAUGCAAAUAAAACAAUUCAAAGUUGUCCUUACACUUGCUGAUUUUUGUGUCUUUUCGCGCUUUGUUGUUCGUAGGACGGGUGCGAUUCACGUCGGGGAUCGUAUUCUUGCAAUCAACAGCAGCAGCCUGAAGGGGAAACCUCUGAGUGAGGCCAUCAGUCUGCUGCAGCAGGCCGGAGAGACGGUGACACUGAAGAUCAAGAAGCAGGGAGAAUGUACGAACACACACACGCGCACACACACACACACACACACACACACACACACACUGGGAUGUUUCAGAUUUAUGGAUUUAUUAGAGAAAUUAAAAAAAUAAAAAAAAAAUUCCUGUUUCUAGUGUCAAGCCCGAAGUCCUGUGUGAUUGGUCCAGGCUUGAUGCCAGGGGUAGGGCUUGGCCAGGAGAACCAAGAUGGGGAGGAGGAGCCUGUUGUCAUGGUUGCACCACCAUCCAGUCAGAGAGUAUUUAGCACACUGCCAUCUGUGGACAGCGCUGUGGAGUCCUGGGAUGGAUCCAACAUGGACAGCAGCUUUACCACACCAGGUAGACUCUAACCUUUGACCCCUGACUCUUUGACCUGUACCUUAAAUUUCAAAGUCGAGGCAACUUCUAAUGCUCUUUUACCUCAUUGUGUGUUCAGCUCCACAGUUUCAGUCGUCUCCGUUCAGCUUCCACGAGUGGCGUAACGCCAAGACGACCAACAGCCAAUCGUCGUCCUCGACUCGCAAUAGAGUCAAUCCACUGUCAGAUUUGGGUCUGAGUGAUGACGACUGGGACCGCCCACCACUCGGAGGGUGAGAGAGAGAGAAAAUCAGUCAAUAUAUGUCUCAUUAUUGUUAAAAUAAUUCACCUGAAAGAUGUUGAAAGUACAGAUAAGAUGAUGAAUGAGUAAAAUUUUUGUAGCAGCCCAGAGGACCCGCUCUCUCGGCAUAAUUGUACAAUAAUAAGUCUAAUAAAGUAAUAUUUCUUAGAGAGACUCCCAUAAAAAUAAAUAAAUAAUAAUAAUACCUUGAAAUUGAGGAUGCAGAGUCCAUGUUUCAAGGUCUACUUUAAAUCAGAGGCUUUGUAGCAGCAAGCUAACAGCAGUAACAGCAGUGUGUCUCUGUCUGCAGAGCCUGUAAUCUGCCCAGCGGUCUAAUCACUGACAGCAGGUACCACACUGACCUUAACCUCUUCACAGUCCUCUGUAACCCCUCAGAAACCCUCACCUGGUGACCUUUGACCCUCGUCUAACUGACACAUACACCUGGUGGAUGUGUAUGUCGUCACUGCACAUGUCCCCCACCUGUCGAUUGAACACAACUCUCCACCAGCAUGACGUGUCCGUCACUAAUCCCUCCACUGUGUGUGAGUCCGUAAUGUGGUUCUACGCUCUGAUUGGCUGACCUUUGACCUUUCCCUUCUCGCCAGGUUCACUGUGGGGCACGAUGGGACAGAACCAGACCAGGAGGAGAACUUCUGGUCUCAGGCUCUGGAAGAUCUGGAGACGUGUGGACAGAGCGGCAUCCUCAGAGAGUUGGAGGUGAGUUGAGCUGCUACACAUGCUGAUCAUUGAACUGAUGAGUCUGUGAGGCUGUAAUGGUGGUAUUGGUAAUAAGGGCAGUAUAAAAUAGGGCUGGGCGAUUUGGUAAAGAAAAUAUAGAUGUAUUUUAGAUAACUUGCAAUGGUUUUGUAAUGAGGAGAAUCUAUGCAGUGAUAUUGGUUUUAGAAUAAAGACGGUUGAACACUUUUAAGGUUCUUAGUUGCACAUUUAAGCUCUCUUUUAGAUAGUCAAAUAUCAAAAUAACUCCAAUAAAGCAGUAUCAUGUUCAAAAUCUUAAUAUCUUUAACACCUGACUAAAGGUAACAAGGGUCAGUAAAGGCUGCAAGCUGAGCUUCUGUGUACAUAGUUUUGACUUGUUUUUUUAAAUAAGGAAUCCUUUGAAACCAGUAAAACACAGAGUCCAGAAGUUUUACAUUAAAGAAAUCGUGUUCCCAGUCUUGGUCUUUAACACAGAAAAAAGGUGCUAAGAGCUGAGCUCACACAUUAUUUCAGGUUUUUUCCCAGGAGCUCUAACUUAUUUUAUACCAUGUUUUCUUCACUGCUUUUGAUUUAAAAGUUUUCACAGACAAAUUACCCUCAAGGUUAUGCUUUCUGGCACAAAAUAUCAGGGUGGGCUUGGAGCUGAGCUGACACAUUAUUUUAGCCAGUUCCCAGGAGUACUGGGUAGUUUCUUUUAUUGUUUUUGGUUUAAAAUGUUUUUAGCCAGAGUCGAAUUACUCUUUAAGUGAUGCUUUUCAACACAACACAUGAAGAGGGGCUGAGCACUGAGCUGUCUUUAGUUGUUCUAAGGAGCUCUCACAUAUUUUAGGCUAGGAUUCCUUCAUAGUUAUUGGUUUAACAAUCUUUUCAGCCACAGUCAAAUCAUUCUUAAAGGACUGCUCUUUAAUGCAAAAUGCCAGGAGGGGCUGCGAACUGAGCUGUUUCUCACAUUGGCUCAGUGUGUUUUUUUGGAGCACAAAUAAGUUUCUUCUGUCUGCAUUAUUUAAGAGGUUACAUAAAAUAAGAUUUGAAACCAGGGCUGAUUGCAGAACUCUGCUAGUAGCAGAGCUGACAGUAACAUUGAUUUAGUUUUUUCCAGGAGCUCUAAUUGAUUUACCUCAGGCUUUUACAGAGUUUACCAUUAAGAAUGUUUCCAGCCUUAGCCAAAUUAUUCCCAAGUAGAGAUUCUCUAACACAAACUGUGUGGAGAGGCUGCGAGCUGAACUGACACUAAUUUCAACGUAGCUUGUUUUAAGGAGCUCAAAUAAUUUUAUUUAAGGGUAGCAUAACUGUUUAAUAUUAAAAGGAUGAAAUGAUAUUAAAAAGGAUGAAAAACAGAGUCAAAUGAAAAACUCAGACAGGGACUGCAAGCAGAGCUGCCGCUCACACCAACUUGCCAUGCUUUAUGGUUAUGAUUCCUUCACUGUUUAUUGUUAAUCUCUGUUCCUUCAAAGCAACUGGAGCUGUAAACUAAAAUUGACAAAUUCGCCAAAUACAUUUGUUUUACAUUCAAAACACUUUCUCUGUGAUGCUCUUCCACACAGAAUCCCAGGAAAGGCUGCAAAUCAAGCUGACUCACACAUUAUGAUUUGCAUGCUUGAAAUAGUCAUUGUGUAUCUGAUAUUUUAACUAGAGCCGAGUUUUCCACAAAACUCUCCCCCGCACCUAAACAAACCGACCUGUUAGAUUAAACAAGUAAAUAUGUUCAAUUUAGUAGUUUUGGAGAAAAAUCAGUAUUUUUUCAAGGGUCUUUGGUGGGCAAUGGAUGGCCGGUGAGGGGGCUGCUAACUGAGCUGCCACUCGUCUUGUUAAAUUUUCUGCAGAGUUGCCUUUAUUUUCAGAUUUUUUUGCUGCCCAGCCCUGAGUGCAGUUGUAGAAUUAUUUUUAUAAGUAGUAUUAUAAUGGACUAGCAGUCAAAGUGUGCAUUCUUCUGAUGCUGAAAGAGCUGUACGUUUGUUGGGAAUGCGGUUGCUAAACUAAGCUGAAAAGAGAAAUGACUCCUUCUCUUCCAGGAGUCUGGGAAGGAAACACAUCUCCUCACUCUGGUAUCCUCACUCCUAUCCUCUACUAACUCUCCUCCUGUCCUGUUUUUCUCUCUCUAACUGGACUUUUAGCGUUGUCAAACAUCCGACAUGUUAGCUCUUUUUGAAUGUGACUCUAACCGCACCCCCAAAGCAACAGCAGCCAGCUACAGACCAUAGUGGCAUCAUUGUGACAUUUUGAGCGACAUUUCUCAGCUUCUGACCAAUCAUGCGGCACAGUCAUGUUGCACUGGGCAUGGCAGUUUGAGCAAGGCAUGCUUGGAGAGCUUGUGCAAGGCCUGAUGGGUAGUUUGUUUUGCCAGUCUUGAAGCAGGUCUGUCAAGUCAUGCAUGCAUCUGAUGAGUCCUUGAUUGGCUGAAAAGUGGGCAUCUGUUGGGUGAUGUGAGAAGACUUGGACGAAAUUUGACUUGAGCUAGCUAGAAAGAGAGCUACACUUUCAAAAACAGAUGGAACACCGUAAAAUGUUGAUUAAAAACAGAUUUUGAUGGUUUAUAACUCAUUUGGAGAUGGGGUUUCGGGCUGUGCUGAUACCCGUCCAAAGGCCUUCAACAGGUAACAAAAAGAUAAAGUAAUCCCUGUUGGAACAUCCUGUCAAUAAUUCAACUGGCAUUGGUGUUUUAAUUUUUCAUUGGACAGGCUCUACUGCCCUUUUGCAGUCAGAACUGAGUGUUACUUUAUUUCCUUAGUUGAUCUUCCCUGUAUGAAAUCUUGUUUGAAGAACUAGCCAACAAAAAUAACGAUUACAUCUGCAGAUGCCAGUAGAGAUGAGUGUAGAUCCUGUGCUGGGAACAACCAUAGAUCAUAUAGUAGUAAGUCAGAGACAACUGUAAACCCCAUCGGAACAAGAAACACCUAUCAACAGAGACCUGCUGGGUUUAUGCCAGCUAGAUGGAAAGUUUGGACUCCAAGGAUUUCUGUCACUUUCAAAUUUUGAAUAGUUCAACUGGCUGUUUUUAUUGCCUAUUUGUGAUUAAGAGUUUUUGAUUGAAUGUCUUUAGGCAACUAUUAUGUCAGGCUCCACCCUCAGUCUGAACCAUGACCCCACCCCACUACGCAGCACCCUGGGACGCCAGGCAAGCUUCCAGGAACGCAGCAACUCGAGACCGCAGGUAACCAAGACUUGCCACUUUUCAUUGACCACUUCGACUUUUGCCUUGAUGUUUUUAGACCAAUUCAUGCUUCUUCUUUUAGGUGACAGCUCGGUCAAACACCUUGCCAUCUGACCCCCAGCGUCGAGCCUUUGCUAUGAGGAAGAUGAGGCAGGAAGUCAAUGAGAUCCUAAACCAGAACCCUGUGGAACUCCACAAGGUAGAUUUUUAACCCUUUGAGUUGCAUGCCUGGAAUGAGCUCACCCUUUUGUACUUGUUAUUCUAAAUUUUUGCCUCUGUAUUUGUAGCUGACUCUGGAGAAGGCUUCAGAUCUGGAGGAUUUUGGUUUCAGUGUGUCUGAUGGUUUGUUGGAUCGUGGUGUUUACGUUAGCAACAUCCGACCGGGAGGCCCAGCAGAGAAGGGUGGCCUAAAACCCUAUGACCGAAUAUUACAGGUACAGGACAAGAAAAGGCACAAAAGUCAUGAUAUAAUCACCUGUGUUGGCCAAAAUAGCUGACUGCCUUUAGAAGAAGUUCACCAGAUGUGUUUACCUCUUUUAGAUUAACCACGUGCGGACCAGAGACUUUGACUGCUGCCUUGUCGUUCCACUGAUUGCAGAGUCCCCUAACCAUCUAGAGCUAGUUAUCAGCCGGAACCCAACAUCCUCCACAGCUUCUCUACUUGCAAAUCACACAGAUGGCACCAACAAUAGCACCCACUCCCCUCAGCCAAUCAGCAGUGACCUCGGACCCACAGAGCUCUCUGUCGGCCAGUUAGAGGAUGGGGGUCCAAUCAAGUGGAACCAACCGGGAGAUGGGCUUGCGGUUGGUCAGGUGAAUAAUAAUUCCUUAUAGCAGACAAACACUGGAAGGAACUGGAUUUAAUUGAUUCAAACCAGACUGGACUGGAGAGGUCAACAAGGAGAACAAUACAACAAUAAACUGGUUUAGACCCAUCCAAACUGGUUCAGAAUGGAUCCCCCAUGGUGCUACACACCCUCUGGAUGGACUUGGACCCUUGACCACUAAAGUUUGACCCCUGAACUGCUGAAGCAGCCUGAAAGCACACUGGACUGGAGCAACUCCCCACAUUCACCUGAGCCAGUUCUGCACACUGGAAGUACUGAUGUCACUGGAACCAGAACUGUGACUACUGAUCCUUCUGGAGCUACUGGACUAAUUAGUCCCAGAUUAAAAAAGGCACUGGUUCUAUUAACCCAGAGCUAUUUCUGCUGAAUCUACUGAAGGCAUAGCCACAGCCAAUGGUUUGACUGAUUCAAGAUUGAUAGGUACUGGUCCUCUAAGCCUAAGCUUGGGCUACUGAAGCCAGAGGCACAGCCAAUGGUCUUACUGGUUCAAGACUUGUAUGCACUGGUCUUAGUGGUUUGAGAAUCAUGGCUACUGGUUCCUCUGAAACUUGAACAAGAGCCAGUGGUCCAAGGUACAUGGGCUCUGGUUGUAGUUAUUGUAGAACCAUGGCCUUGCACAAGCCACAACUAAUGCCCGUAUUGGUCCAAGAUACAUGGGUUCAAGUUCCCAUGGCUACUGGUCAUAAUGGAGCCAUGGUUACAUUUGGUGGUCUGACUGGUUCAAGACAAGGCUCUUGUUCACGGCAACAAAAUAAUCGCUAACAACCUAUAGCCACGACUGCUGCUUCUAUGAGCCCAGAACUGUGUGUCUUGGUUCCUCUGGUCUUACUGGAACCAGAACCAUUGCUCGUGGCUUCACUGGCCAAGAAUCACAGCAGCACAAAGACUGAUGGGACUUCAAAAUCUAGAUCCUGCUGGUGAAGAGACAGUUUGCCAAGGACAGUAGGGAUGCUCUGAUUAGGAUAUCACUGGGAUUGGCUAAACCAAUUCCAAUAUUCUGUCAUGUUUUUAUUCUUUUUAGAAAGCUGCCUGAAAAAGAAAACCUUUUAAACCCAACCACUGUGAUUUACAGGAAAGUCUUACCUUGUUUUUCUUAAGGCUUGAAUUACUUUAACGAAACAUUUUUAUAUCAUGCUGCUACUUCAAAAGUUACAAGAGGCAACUCUGGAUGAUCACAGACCACACAGCCUGAAUAUGCUGGUCCAUUAGGUCUUAAAGUGAUGAAGUGGAGGUGGUUUUAGAUGGUACCAUUCUCACCAGGCUACAAAAGUGGAAAGAGGUACCUUUAUUUUCUAAGGAGUCUUGUUUUUUAGAUAAGUUGGUAUGAGUAAGUCUUGAGACUUGCAAGUCUUGAGAUGGUAACAUGUUAGUUUUAAUCUGACAGUGGUGGACUUGUUAAGUCAUGGUUGGUAUAAGGAUUGUUUUAGUGUAGGUUAGGAUGAGAAACAAGAAGACAACCAAUAUAUUCCUCCAAAACUAGCACCAUUUGCAGCCUAAAGUCAUGUUACAAAUUCUGCUUUGAUCAACACCAAGCUUUUGACUCUAUAUAUUUGAUCAAUAUAAUGCCCUAGCACUUUAAAAAAUGAAAAACAGAUGUUCCUACGUAAUGACUUAGAGCUCCAGGUUAAGAUCCAGAUGAGAUUAGACUCCUAAAUUUUUAAAAGCUGUCUCCCAAUCUAGGGACUGCAGUCUUCAUAGGCUGUUUCAUUUCAAAAGAUUCUCCCUAUAUGAUUGGCAAAUGUGUAAAGGUUGUAUCAGUUGCAUCCUUCCCAACCCAAUGUAUCCAUUGAUUUCUUCCAGCCAAUUCAAAUGAGAUGGAGGACUCUUAAAGGAUUUUUAUCCACUGAUAAUUCAUCUGAAUUUCCUGGGCAAAGUUAACUACUACGAUUAAGAUUGGGGAUUAAUAGGAAAAUGGGAAUGAAACACUGCAACAUUUUUUUUUGUCUUGUGCAAAAAAAUAUAAUCAAGUAAGUUGUAUAUAUAUUUUUUUGCUUUCGAUAUGAACAAGUGUAUCAUUUUUUUUAAACAAAACAUGAUCAAGUCUGAGGUGGAGAUAAACUCUACACCAACCCAUUCCUUCAACCAUUUCUCCAGUGGUUAAAAAAAAAAAAGUUUUUAGUUAACACAGACAAAUGUUAAUUCCACUUUGAUGGUAAUCUCUGUUAAGCAAGGUUGUGUAGACUGAACUGAACUGCUACAAGAAGAGCCCUGUGGUGACCUUUUUCUCAACUAAAUGUGCCAAUUUCAGACUGGGAUUUUGCCUAUAAUAUCAUUAUCUUUCUCUUAAUAUUGACAUUUUAUUGAUUUUAGUGGUCAUAUCAACAAUUCUCAAACCAGACCUCAGUGGUGGAAAGCAGGUGGCCUUGGUGGAGUUUUCUUAGUGUUUCUUUUAUUAUUUGUUAAUUUAAGACAAAAACAUACUUACUUUUUUUAGCAUUGAAUACUGAUCAGAGCAUCCCUAAUUAUAAAGGAAUACGGAGGGUUUACUGUUAAAAUUUAAGUUCUGUGCCAUGAAUGAGCUGCAAACUGGAAGAGUAAUAAUGACGAUGAUGAUGACACUGAGCAGUUCAAUAAGAAACUUUUUCUACUGUUUACACCUGUUGGACUGGCCACACUGUGUGUAUGUAUGUGUGUGUGUCUGUGUGUGUGUUUGUGUGUUAUGUGAGUGUGUUCAACACAAGGCCAGUUAAAUCCCUCCCACCUUCGAUUCCUCGUCUUGGCUCUGCCCCGCCCCCACCCCCUCUUUCCUCAACCAAUAGGCAACAAAGAUGAAAGACAGACAAAUGUCAGGGAGUUACAGCUGAUUGGCUGGAACCAAUCAGAAAAAAAACUCUCCCUGUCUGUGAUUGGUUCUACCAAUACCCAAAUAGACCAAUCAGCUCCCAGGAAGAAGCCAAGCAUGCCCCCACCCUGACUACCCCCACACCCCCAGUAACAGUGAUCUAUUAUGCUAAUCGAUCGGUGUGUUUUUUGAUUGACUGUUGUCAGUUUUCUCUGUUUGUUUGUUUGUUUCCAUGGCGACUGAACCCAAAAAUAUGUAAAAUAGAUUAAAAAAGGGUUCAGUCCCAUCGCUGUUCACAUCAAAUCAUGACAUCCCGAAAACCUUCACUUCAUAACCACAAAAACGUUACAUGAAAAAAAAUCCUGUUUCAAACAGGAAACCUGUGACAGUAAACACCUGUGUGUGCGUGUGUGUUUGAGUGUGUGACGGAAAGAGUGCGUGUUUGUCUGUUAUCUUUGAGUGAUGUCAACAUCUUCCCGCUCUCACCUCAGUCUGACCUCACUAUUUAAACUGGCCAAUCAGAACCCUCCCUCAGUGCCAACCACCAGUAGCUGUCUGCUAACAGUCUCUAGAAUUAGAAAGCUGUGAUUGGAUGUUUCAGUGCUGGAAAAAAAAAUAGCAAAUGCUAGCAAGCAAUUAGCACAAGGCUAGCAUAAGCCUAAUAUGUGUCUACCAUAAGGUAACAAACUCAGCACAAAGCUGACUCUAGCUAUGGCUACCAUCUCUCAAACACAUCGAUCAAGAGUCAAAUAUUGUCAGCACACAGCUUAUACAUCUGGCUAAAGGAGCCAUAUCAAGCUACAUAGCUAACAAACCACCAACGCCUGUAAUUUAAGGUCAGAACACAGCUGACACAGAUAUGAAGCCAGCAACAUUUGCUUUUUAACAAGUCAAUAACAUAAGAUGGUAGCUCAUGGCUAGUGCAGCGAUAUUACAGGGCUAACAUGUGGUGAAUAUAGCCAAUAUUUGUUAUGCACACAGCAAAUACAGGGCUACCAUGUGGUGGAAUUUCCAUCAAGUUGUUCAGCAUGUAACUAAAACAGUGCUAAUGCUUUGGAAAAACAACUAGCAUAUUGUUAACAAACACUAGAACAAGGCUAAUACAGUGGUACUAUAACUAAUAUGGCGUUGUGCGGAGCUGACACAAGACUGGUACAUAGAGUAAAGGAAAAGUGCAAACCGCAAUGAAGUAGAGGAGUAGAACUGUCAGUAUUUGUGACAAGCUGUUCCACCAAUGGGAAAAAAGCCACAGAGAAGAGGGGGCGUGGCCUCAGGAGGGUUUAAUGAGUGAGAUCAAAAGCCAUACACACUGUGUUCGUGCGCAUGUAUAAACUGUGUGCGUGGGUGUGUUGUAGAGUGUCGAGUUUGUGCACGUGUAUAUGUGUGUGUGUGUGAGUGUGUAACAUUGCAGGGAUUUGCACUCUAGUGAUUCACCUCAGCAAGACGUCCUACACACACACAUACAGACGAACACAGAUACAAUCACAUGAACACACACACACGGACACACAUGCAUUGCACUGCCAUUUGAAAUAGUGGGUCAGAUUAGUUUCCAUGUAGCUUCACCAACCAACCAAACUGUAUUUUUCUUUAAAGGAACAGGGAUGUUGUAAAGUAUUUUUGUACAAAUUUAAUACUUUGGUAGCAUGACGUUCCUGGUGUUUGUCCUGUCGGGCUCCACUGCUCUACUCCACCCCCCUUUGUAUGGACGACUACUGAGCAACAAUAAAGAUGACGAAGAUGACUCCGUGUGUGUACAUGAUCUUCAAUGUGGUAAAGGUACAAAAAAAUAAACACUUUGUCAUAAAACUACAAUGCACAUAUGGAUUAUCUAAAACAUUUACUUAAAGCAUCAAGCCAAAAGAGCCUGACUCAUCUUUCAUUUGCCAAUUUUCCUGCUGAUAUUGUACAAAAACCUUAUAUCUGCAGAUAUAUGAGCACUAAAACUUAAGCAGAAGUUUAGUUUCCAACAAGGUAUAAGCCUUCAAAGUAAAAUAACAGACCAAGCUGUAAGAGGUCAGUCAGAAAUUGCCAUACAUGUAAUGUCUGAGCAUGUCUCAAAAAUCAAAAGUAUUAAAAGGUCUUAGAAAUAUAUUUUACUAGACAUUAUUAUCGUAAAAAAGCCUCUGCUGGUCGUUUAAGACUGUCAAUGUAUCAAAUUAGAAUUAUUCACAUCAAUAAUCAAUCUUAAUAAAGUGGUGACUCUAUCCAAAAUCACAAGAGUACCCAGAUGCAGCGCCAAG